AUGGCUUCGUUCCCCGAGUCGGAUUUCCAGAUCUGCCCGCUGUGCAAGGAGAUGUGCGGCUCGCCGGCUCCGGUCUCGUCCAAUUCGUCCACCUCGUCGUCGUCCUCGCAGACUUCCACCUCGUCUGGAGGAGGAGGGGGUGGUGGUGGAGGAGGAGGCGGCGGCGGCGGCGGGGGGUCUUCGUCGUCCUCCUCGUGCGCCCCGUCGAGGCGCCUGCACGUCCUGCCCUGCCUGCACGCCUUCUGCCGCCAGUGCCUGGAGGCGCAGCGCCACCCUGCCGCGGGGGACUCUCUCAAGCUGCGCUGCCCCAUCUGCGACCAGAAGGUGGUGAUCUCGGAGCCGUCGGGCAUGGACGCGCUGCCCUCGUCCAACUUCCUCCUCAGCAACCUGCUCGACGUGGUCGUCGUGGCGGCCGCUGCCGAGGACCAGAAGAACAACGGGCGCCCCGGCGGACCCGGCGUCGUCGGAGGGAGCAACAGCAGCACCAACAACCGGCACCACCACCACCCUCGACAGCAGCCGGCGCCGCAGCAGCAACAGCAGCAGCAGCAACACCGCGCCUCGGCCGGCGGCGGCUCGUCGCCGGGCUCCGUGGCCGGCUCGGCGUCGUCGGGGGGCGGCGGCGGAGGCUCGUCGCUGCUGCUCCGACGGCCGCACAGCCGCCAGGGCGAGCCUCGCUGCAGCUCGUGCGACGAAGGCAACGCCGCCAGCUCGCGCUGCCUCGACUGCCAGGAGCACCUGUGCGACAACUGCGUGCGCGCCCACCAGCGCGUCCGCCUCACCAAGGACCACUUCAUCGAGCGCUUCGGCCCGGGCCCGACCGCCUCCACCGGCGCCGGGCCCGCCUCGGCGGCCGCCCAGCUCGCCCUCAGCCAGCCCUACUCCGCCGCGCCUUACACCAUCCUCUCCUCCGUCUUCUCCGACCGGGUCAACUACUGCCAGCACCACGACGACGAGGUGAGUGGCUCGCCUCGACUCCUUGAUCCGAAUCAGGGGUGCCAAAUGGAAUCGAGCAUUGGGGGGGCGGGGGAGGGAAUCCUCGCCUCACCUAAUUGAUCCCAAGACACCACUUGAAUGGCAGUGCCUAUGAACUUUUUUGGGGGGGUUGGCUGGCAUAUAUUUUAUUGGGUUAGCCCUAGGAGUUGGCUCCUGUGCCUUGAUCUGAAUAGCCUUGUGGGAGUGAUGUUGGACCGGGUGGGGAGGCGGGGAGAGAAGCCGCCUCUGAAGUUCAACAGGGAGAGAGGAGCCGGGGCUCAAGGGGGUGCUGCAAACUGCCCUCGCCUGCCCUGAUGUUUGGGGCUUUGUAAGUUGCAUUGGAUAGAGAGCAGCUUGCAAUAACCGUAUUGGCUUAAAUUAAGCAACAAAGUCUCUGAACCGAGUGUAUUCAGCUUCUUGAUCUAAGAACCCCCUCCGGAGUCCUGCCCCAAAUCAGCUUCAAAUGGCUGCUUGCUUUGUUCUGGGAUUUUUUUAAGGGCUUUUUUUAAAAACGGAAGAUAAUGUAACGUGGAAACGUGUUACUCUUUGCUUAGAUCAUGUGCGGCUGUGCUCUUUCCAUCCUGGGUGGAGCGAUCUGAAUUAAAGAGCACCUACAGAAGAGGCAUAUUUGAACACCGUUUUGGUUUUGCUGGUUAACAGCACUAGGUUGCAUGACUUAAAUUCACAGCUAUAUAGGACCCUGUUUCUGUACUUAACUAUCAACCCGGAUUUUGUUCACAAGUGUGCACUGAGAGAAUCAAAGGAGACAAAUUACCCUCUGAUCUGCCUUGUGGUUUCUAUGAAGGUGGUUCAAAGAUGCUAAGGUGUAACCGAUUUGUGUUAAUUGGAAUUAUUUUUGAAUCUGUGCCCAUAAGAGCCUCAAGAGGAAUGCUGCGAAAUAAGGCGUCCCUCCUGUGCAAAUUGUUGCUCUGUUAAGAAUUUAUAGCGGUUCUUACAAGUUCCGCUUGUCUUUUGCAGGAAAUGUAUACUUUUUCCGUACAUUUGGCAAUUCCCCUUAUUGUAUAGCUUCAUUUAUUCCUCUUGAUAUUGUCUUGUAGCUGUACUGAAAUGGGAUUUAUCUUUCUAUAGGGCUGUCAAUUUCCUCCCCUCCCUCCCCGCGCCUUUUAAAAGAGCUUUUGCCCUUCCUUUCCAGGACAUAUGGCAACCUUAAUUUCCUUUAAUUCUCCCCCUUUUUACACCUACACGGUGUGCUUGCUGCUUCCAGCCCUGUUCCUGCGUCUUGCAUGCUUUGUUCACGUGGAGCUGUCCACGCUUAACUGGAGUAAAUCUCCAUAAUGCUGUACAAAGCAGUAGAGCUGCUUUGCGGGGGGGGGGGGGAUGUGCUGCAGGCAAGAGAGGAUGGUUCUUAAGAGCAAAACUUUGCGGGAUGCUGAAGAACAAGUGAUGUGUGUGUUCUGGUUGGGGGGGGGCAUGAAUUUAACAAGUUUAACACACAGUACUGAAAUCAGAAUCAAGUGCGAGAGCCGACAAUUGAAGCCCUGUGAACUCUGCAAACAGGACGCAUUUUUUCACUUUGUUGCAAGUUCCUUUUUGUGACUUCCAUGUCUCUUCCCAGCAUUGCAAGAUUGUCUCCUGAGAUGGACUAAAGCUGCUCCUUCAGGAUUCCCUUCCCCAUUUGUUUUCUUGAAAAUAGUGGUUUACAUGAGCAGAUAACUUUGCCAGUCUACGCUCUGCAGUUUAGACUGUGGGUUCUUAAAAUGGGAAUGCUACAAGUCCACAGUUAUGGAAAUAGGAAUUAAGGCUCACCAUCUCUUAGCUUGUGGAUUUUGUGGAGGAUUGUGGCAUGCAAAUAAAUCUCCGAAUGUGUAGCUUCUAGAAGUUUGCCAGGGUGUAAUACGACCCAAGGCUGACCUAUGGAACCAAAUGCCUCUGAGCAUAUGUAAAGUUUCUUUCUCUCGCUGCUGCGUAACAGCUAGAGCUUGCACAUGUGGGGUAUAGACAAAGGCUUACAUGGUCAGAGGAUGUGGUUUCAAGAUGGCUUUGAAGCCCAGUCUCUCCCCCUCUCUCUCAUGGUGAUUCAACUUUUGCUCUUUUUCAUUUUUAAACAAGACUCUUCACUGUUUGAAUUUUUCUUUAGUUAAAGAAAAUAUAAGUUAUGUGAGUUUCUUUUGGUGUGAAUGUUGUGUUGCAGCCCCUCCCCCCAAAUAAUAAUCAUGCUACUUAUAGAGUGUUCACAGUUUCCAAAAAUAUUCCUGUCACUGUUGUCUAGAGGUUGUCUCUGGGCAGGAAAAAAAAUAACAAAAAUAAUGCAGUCACUAUUGAGUUUAUUUGAUUGGGAAGGAAACAUGAAAAUGAAAUGAUCCUGAGAUUAUUGCAUAACAGGAGAGGUGCUUUUGAGCUUGUUGUCUCCUCAACUUUAAGCACUGGAUAAUACCUAAAAUCAAUUUCCUGUUAUAAAAAUAUAAUGCUGUGUAGUGUGUCAAAGUUCUCACUUCUGAUGAUGUUGAAAAGCACCCAGUAACAUGCUGUUUUGGAAGUUCCUAUAUUGAGUGAGAUGAGAGACUUUUAUGCUGCUCAUGAAGAAACUUUUCUUAGAAGGAUCAAACACUUAAUAAAAUGAAAGGAAAACAUAACUUUUAGAAUUGCACUCCUAAUAAACUAAUCAUUUAAACCAAAAGCUAGACCCAAAUGCCCUUAAAUUUGAAUUCUGGCAAGCUUCCCAUUAGUCACAUAACAUAAAAUAGCAAUAGUUGGAACAAAAUAAGAAAGCAAGAGCAAAUUGCUAUAAGUUUAUUUUUAUAAUGCUUUAAAAUUACACCUGUAGGCUGUAAGCAAGGAUAGGCAUAUAAUCACGUUGCAUUAAAUGUAUAAAUAAAAGUCUGCAGCACAUUGAUAAUCUCAAUUUAGUGCCAUUUUUCCAAGUACUAGCAUUUUUUUAUUUAUUUAAAAGAAGAGAAUCAUACUUGGCAUAAAUCUAUAGUCUAACAAUUUGUUACUGUCGUAAUUAAGUAGGCAUUCUGAUCCCCAAAUAAUAAAAUCUAGAUUCUAGUAGCAACUGCAUGAACUGGAAGUUCAAUUUGUGAGCCGACAUUCCUCAUUGCGACAUUCCUCUUGGUUGGCGGUAGUGCCACAGUGGAAUUUUCCAUUGGCUUCAUUGUUAAGAAGAUAGCUUGCUUCCCAGCAAACUUCUUAGCUGGUCCUGACUACUUUGGAGAUAAGAGUCAUGACUUGAGGACAGAGUGGGCAAAGUUUCCCCUUGAUUAUUGCUAUGUACAUGCACUACUUAGGCUUAACCCCCCCCCCCCAUCUGAAUGUAUUUUAAGAAGGACUGGUUCUUAGCAGAGUCAAGCCUGUUCAUACCAAGAAACUGGGUGACUUUUUACCAUUUCUAUGUGUGGUUAUUUAGGGGGAAAAAUGAGAAAGAAUGCCUGAAUUUGGUAAAUAAAAGGACCGUUUAGGAAAACUUUUUUUCAGGAAGGGUUUGAGGAAAUGCAAAAAUCUCCUCAUUAGCACUUGGUUCUCCCACAGAGCUUUCUAAUGUUUAACAAAUACUCCUGUCUCUUUGUGGGCCUCUGAAGGGCAUUUGGAACUUUAAAUGCAAAUUUUUAAGCCUGCAAAGCUCAACCAAGAAUAACAUUCCUUACUGCUGUAAGUAUUUGGAGUAUUUCUGCUGAUAGUUGUUGAUGUCUUCUUCCCACUUCUUCCCAGCAAAUAUUUUCAGUACCUUCUCAGUUUAAACUGGUUUACCUUAAAAAGGGCACACAGUAAGAAACUGGAAAUACUUGUUGCUAUAGCUGCAUUGGGCAUGUUUCUUGAAUGUGAAGUUGUAACUGAACCUUAGGUUGGAAGCUUAGGUUCCAAAUGAUACUGAGAUCUUGUACCAUGCUGAAAAAUUAAGUUGCAUUGCAUCUUGCUUUGCAUUCAUGCUUCUGUUGCCUGCUUCCUGCAAAAGUCCCAUUUCUGGAUUUUCAGACCUUGUCUAGAAUAAUUGCAGCAGAUAAUCGGUGAAUAAGUGAUGUAAACUCUUGUCACUGUCAUAUUUUAAAGUUGCAGUCCUAAACAUGCUUUCUGAAGGGUAUACUCACCCACCCCCAAUAUAGUUAGAUUUUUGCAGGUAAACAUGUAGAGCAUUUUAUUUUUAAAAGAGGAUUUUAACUCUGUAGUGGAAAAAACGCACUUGAAUGUGCUGUGUUGCAUAUUGAGCACAAUACAAAUCUGAUAUUAACAUUCUUUAAUUUUUAAGGUUGGCCUUCCCCAUCUAAUGUUCAAACAACCUAUGAUGGGCCACUGCUCCCAUCACAGCUGCCAUGUGGAGCCCAGUUUUUAGAAUCUGUUCAUUGGCAGCUGUUCGCUGCAUGGAGCUGACAAUUAAUAAUAAUAAUAAUAAUAAUAAUAAUAAUAAAUUUUAUUUAUAUCCCGCCCUCCCCAGCCGAAGCCGGGCUCAAGGCGGCUAACAACACUAAAAAUUCUUAACACUGACCAUUUGUUGCCAUGUCUUCAAGGGGCAAUAGAGAGAAAUUGCUUGAUCUGUGUUUGGGGAGCCACAUUGAUCAGUUUAAAUACUUUGCUUAUCCUGAUGGACCUCCUUAUCCAGAGCUAAAGGGGUGAGCUAAAACUUGGAAUACUUGGGAGAAUCAAAACAGCAUUGGGGGAAGGAAGCAUUUUCCUGUUCUACAAAUGCGUCUGACGUACAUCCCGUCUAUCUUAAACGUUUUUUUUGAGAGAGAUGACUCUGAAUACCAAAAGCGAAACCCUAGAGAAUGCUUGAUAUUGUUGAGAAAGAUUACGGUAAAUUCACAGCUUGUUUUCAUUGUACCAAAUGAACAAUUGUGGAGCAAAUUUUAAUUAGAGUUAAAAAUAAUAAGAGAAAGGUGUCCCUGUGUUGCAGAAUUCAGCCAUUAAGUUUGCAAUAUAGAGAAGAAAAAACCCAAACAUGCUAAGGCAAUUCUUCAAAAUACCCACAACUAAAUGCCUGAGUUGGAAAUAUUCCUUACUUAACACUGCAGUUCUAUCAGUGUCUACUCAAGAUGAAAGUCUAUAGAAGGCUUCUUCCCUAGUAAGUCUGUCAGAGAAGGUAACAAAAAAUUGAUACUAGCACAAAAGGACCAGGAAUACUUUCCAAAUGCUCUAGGCUUGUGACUUUUGUUGGUCUCUGUACAAUGUCUGCAACUCUUCUUUACAGGGGUGUGGGUUAGAGAGUGCUGGACUACGACCUGCAGGACCCAGGUGCGAAUCUCCACACAGCUGUGGAGCUCAUCAGGCAACCUUAGCCCAGGUGUGCAUAAUUUAGCCCUCAUUCUAAUUUCUCUUCCUCUGUUGUUGUAAGGAUAAAAUAGUGGGGAGAAGAGAGGUCACUGGAGGAAAGAUGGGAUAUUAAUGUAAUAAGAAAGCCUGGCCAGUCUGCUAGAGCUUCUGUCUGUAGUACGUGACUGUUAUCCACAGUGUUUCCAUUUCUUACUAUUUUUGUGCUUGCCAGUGGGUACGGAAUAAGUAUCCUUUAACAGGAUACCUUUAAUCCAAGGGACAAACAUAUUUAUCUCAAGUUGUGCUGAUUGCCUUGGGUAAGUUAAAAGGGAGCUUGAACAGUGAAGGUGGGGAGAGGGAGGAGGAGAAUGUUGUUUAUUUAAGCAGCAUUCUUGCACAGUGGCUUGGCUAAAUGUAGAUGUGUUCUAGUUGUGGUGUCUUCAAAUGCUUUUUACCUAGAUUUGACAGAGCUUUGGGUCUACGCAGGGCUGUGUUUCUGUCUCAAAAUAAAAACCUGAGAUGUUCCCUGGAAAGACACUCUCCUGUUCUCUUCCUUUCUUGUUGGAGUGGAGUGGCAAAGAAGGGGGAAUAAAUUUCUUUCUGGCUUGCUCUCUUGCACCCACCCUCUGAUAUUUUCUCAUGGAAGUGUUGCAUGAUGGAGUUACUGUGCCAGUGUUUUGAAUCUCGGUUUCCGCAUUAUUAUACAUCUCAGAAGUCCCAUGCAGAAUUUGUUGUGAUCCGUUUGCAGAGUUUGAAUCCAUGAGCAUGGAUUUUUAUUUUUUCAGUUUUGCUAUGAUAACUUGUGCCACCUCCUUCAUUUUUGAUCAACAUGUAUCGCAAGGAUGCCUACCCAGCACUGUUGCUUCCUGAAACAGCUUGCCAUAAACCAUGACACUAGAAUUUAAGAAUUGUUCAAACUUUCCCCCAAGAACAAGCAAGUUUUUUAGGUAAACAACAGACUGCAUGGUGCCAGCUAUCAUAGCAAGUGACCCCAAGAGCCACAAGAGCUAGUGAAAAAGUAACAAUUUGAUUAUAUAGAGUGUAAAAUGAGAGAGUUAAACAUUUCCCUCGGGCUCAAAGAGUAAGCCUCAUAUCUGUCUUGGUAAAUCAGAUUCUGAGUGAGGAUCUUCCAGCGACAACAUGUAGCUAAAGUUGGCUCAUAGUUUCUAGUUCCUUAUUUGCCUGAAAGUUUUAAAAUGGAGCUUAAUCAGCAAAUUGAAUAAGCAACUGCAGCUUGUGUCUGCACGUUCCUACCCUGUAUCAUGGAGCUAGGAUGUAGACCAAAUCUUAUUUUGGAGUUCAGAGACACAUAAAUUUAUUAAGGCGAAUUAACUUUCCUGUGCUCCUAGCCUUAUUUCAGAUUAGUAACUGGGAACUAGUAACCAGUUUUGGCCCUGUAGUCACAGGGUUGGUUUUUAAUAUGCACACCAAGCCUUGUUUCUUUUCAUGGUUUCUCUGUAGAUUUAUUCCUCACGAUCAUUUUUUUUAAAUCGCUUAGAUUUAUACCCUGUCUUUCAAACACAUAAUCAAGGCAUCUAAAAUUAACAUUGCAAUGUGGAAGAAUAUUCCCACUGGAAACUUGCACCCUUUCCAAAAAAUGUUUUCUUUUGCCGGGAAGCCAGGGCCUGUCCUUUGUGAAUUUAACACCCAUUGUGAUAUUUCUACUUAACUCUAGGUUAUGCUAUUUCUCCUCUAUACUCUCUUUUUAAUCCUCUUUUUAGAUGGGUACUACAUGGUGCUGUGGGUUAAACCACAGAACCUAGGGCUUGCUGAUCAGAAGGUUGGUGGUUUGAAUCCCCGCGACAGGGUGAGCUCCCGUUGCUUGGUCCCUGCUCCUGCCAACCGAGCAGUUCGAAAGCACGUCAAAGUGCAAGUAGAUAAAUAGGAACCGCUCCGGCGGGAAGGUAAACGGCAUUUCUGUGCGCUGCUCUGGUUCGCCAGAAGCGGGUUAGUCAUGCUGGCUACAUGACCCGGAAGCUGUACGCCGGCUCCCUCGGCCAAUAAAGCGAGAUGAGCGCCGCAACCCCAGAGUCGGCCACGACUGAACCUAAUGGUCAGGGGUCUCUUUACCUUUACAUUGGAUGCAGAACUUAAUUUCUGGAGAAAAGUUGGUUGAACUGUGAAAGAGAAGAUUAAAAGGUUUACACUGCUUGUAUAUCCUUGGGCAGCCUGCUGGGCUCCCAGCUAUUUUGGACUACAACUCCCAUCAUCCCUCAGCUAACAUGUGUGCUGGCUGGGGCUGAUGGAAAGGUAAAGGUAAAGGACCCCUGACAGUUAAGUCCAGUCUCGGACGACUCUGCGGUUGCGACGCCCAUCUUGUUUUACAGGCCGAGGGAGCUGGUGUUUGUCCACAGACUGUUUUUCCGGGUCAUGUGGCCAGCAUGAUGUAAGCUGCUUCUGGCGCAAUGGAACACGGAAACCAGAGCAGCACACAGAAACGCCAUUUACCUUCCUGCCUGAGUGGUACCUAUUUAUCUACUUGCACUUUUUGGCGAGCUUUCGAACUGCUAGGUUGGCAGGAGCUGGGACUGAGCAACGGGAGCUCACCCCAUCGCAGGGAUUCGAACCUCCGACCUUCUGAUCGGCAAGCCCAAGAGGCCCAGUGGUUUAGACCACAGCGCCACCCAUGGCUGAUGGAAAUGUAGUUCAAAACAGCUGCAGAGCACCAGGCUGUGCUAGGAGAAUAUUUUUCAGGUUCUGAAUAUAAAUGGUGUUUUUAGUGUGAAAGAGGCAGAGUUGGUAGCAUUGCUGCCACCUCUUCUUGGUCCUAGAGUGACGGGGGAAGAGGCAGCUGUAAAUAAUGCCACAGCUUUCUGGGAAAAAUGGAAGUAGGCUGCAUGGAGGAGGAAGGAUGUAUUUUCAAAGAUGCAUGCUAGCAAAGUUUGCUGUCUAGCUUCAUAAAAGAAGGGAUCUCAUUUGAACACAGCCCGUUGUGUUAAAUACAGCCGUACUUUGGUUUUCAAACAGCUUAGUUCUCAAACGUUUUGGCUCCUGAACGUCGCAAACCCGGAAGUGACUGUUCUGGUUUGCAAACUACUUUUGGAAGCUAAACGUCCAACGGGGGCUUCCACAGCUUCCGAUGGGCUGCAGAGCUUCCUGCAAUCAAUCAAAAGCCACACUUUGGUUUCUGAACAUUUUGGAAGUCAAAUGGACUUCCGGAACGGAUUUCGUUCAACUUCCAAGGUACGACUGUAUUGGAAAUGAGUUAGUAUCAUUUUUAUUGUGGGAUGCUCUGUUAGUCUUGGCCAUAUGCCAUUUCUUCUUCUUCUUUUUUUGCUUUCCCCAUGCUCUUCAUUGUGUUGCUUUAGAUUGCAGUGUGAACUCCCAAUAAUUUUUCAGAUGGCCAGGCUCUCAUAUGUCCCAUAUAAGCAUUAGCUUUAUGCUAUUCCUGAGGUGAAAAAGCUGGCAUGUUUUCUGAGGUAUAAAGGAGCAAAAAUCGGUCAGAAACAUAUAAAAGUCCCGAUGGCAGCAGGGAUUAGGGCAAAAUAUUGUGUAUUGCUUGGAUUUUGCAACCUGUUUAAUUUUAUCUGUGUCAGAUAUCCAUUUCAGCUGUGUUCCACGCACUUCAUCAAAUACCUUGUGCAAAACAAAACCCCUGUUGUGUGCCAAUUCUUGAGAAAAGCGGAGGAAAUGCUGUACUCUCAGAAUGACAUGGAUUUUCGUUCUUCUAGCCUUCCCUUAAAAAUGAGAAACAGAAGUGAGUUCUCUCUGUGUGUUUUUUAAAACAAUGGAAGCUCUCCUCUUCGCGUACUUCCUGGAAUGUAUAUAUCCCUGCUUGGACCCAGAGCUGUUGUGACCUUUUAAACUUAUGAAUGGACUGGCUCGAGCAUCUUCGCUGAAAUUGUGCCUCUUGAAUGUAUGCUAAUUGCACUAAAACAAGUAUUGCGAUGGGUUGGCUCCCAGCUCCCUGCACCUUUUGAUGCGUAGCUGGCUUUAAUGUUACCUUGUACUGUAUUCUGAUCCUGCCUCAUGCAACACUAUAAGUUCAUGGCAAGAGAGCUUAGUUCCUGAACAAACAAACAAAAAGCUUGAAAUUGUGAAUAAGUUUGCUGCUGUGUCACCUUGGUAUCUUGUGUAUACUUCCACAAUCUAAAUGUCUGCCAUCUUAACUGUGUACUAAGUGGAAACCCGGAAGCUGCAUUUCCUUAGAAAGUUAAGUAGUGGCAAUGAUGAAUACCAGUGGUUGUCAAAUGCAUCCAGUUAUGUUGCCCGUGUGAAUUUUGAGGUGGGGGUGGGGCAAUGAGAUUUUUUAAAAGCUGUAGUUCUUCUUAGGGACUUGAACAGAAGAGGAAGGAAACACUGAUCUAGAUCAGGGGCCAGCAGACUUUCAGCAGGGGGCCAGUCCACUGUCCCUGAGACUUUGUGGGAGGCGGACAGUUUUUUUUGGGGGGGGGGGAAUGAACGAAUUCCUACGCCCCACAAAUAACCCAAAGAUGCAUUUUAAAUAAAAGGACACAUUCUACUCAUGUAAAAACACCAGGCAGGCCCCACAAACAGCUCAGAGAGGCAUUUUAAAUAAAAGGGCACAUUCUACUCAUGUAAAAACACGCUGAUUCCCAGAUGUCCGCGGGCCAGAUUUAGAAGGCAAUUGGGCCAGAUCCGGCCCCUGGGCCUUAGUUUGCCUACCCAUGAUCUAGAUGUAUGUAGUUCUGGCAGAACCAAUUCUAAUUCUAAGCUUGCACAUGCUGGUUAGAUUUCCCUCCCAACCCCCAGUCCUUCUGUAGGUUGAUUAUUUGACCUUGGCAGAUGGUAAGAUUUCUAACUUUUAACAUAGGGCGAGGAAUAGAAAAACCAAUAAAAAGUAUCUUUCAUUAUGCAAAGUAUCAUUCCAUUAAAAUAUCUAUAUGUCAGGAGCAUUGCAUUUCCAGAGUCAAUAUUGUCAAUAUUGCGUUAAAAUGAAAUACUGUGUGCCAAUCAGUUUUGUGUUGGCAGCAACCACCAAUCAGUAAUGUGCAGUGGGUGCUUCUCCUGUAGAGGCAAUUCAGUCAGAAGGAUAUUCUGUGCCAGAAACUUUGAAAAGUUUCAGACGGGACAUUUCCCAGCCCUACCAGGUGAAGUCUGCAAUUGAGCAUGUACUCUGCCACUCAAGCUUAAGGGGAAGGGAGUGGAUUUGGUUCUGUUGUCCUCUGUGGACUGUGUGGAAAAAGCGAGCCAAAUAGGUGGAGAUGUAUUUCCUCCCUGUUAUCAAAGCUUUUGUGUAGAAAAGAGGGGAGACUCUUUCAAUGAAAGUUGCGUUUGUGCUGAAGCUGGCAACACCCAGCCAAUAAACACUGUUUUGGAGAAGUGUGAGGGACGUGGGUGGUGCUGUGGGCUAAACCACUGAGCCUAGGACUUGCCAAUCAGAAGGUCAGUGGUUUGAAUCCCCGCGAUGGGGUGAGCUCCCGUUGCUCGGUCCCUGCUCCUGCCAACCUAGCAGUUCGAAAGCACAUCAAAGUGCAAGUAGAUAAAUAGGAACCGCUCCGGCGGGAAGGUAAACGGCGUUUCCGUGCGCUGCUCUGGUUCGCCGGAAGUGGCUUAGUCAUGCUGGCCACAUGACCUGGAAGCUGUACGCCAGCUCCCUCGGCCAGUAAAGCAAGAUGAGCGCCGCAACCCCAGAGUCGGUCACGACUGGACCUAAUGGUCAGGGGUCCCUUUACCUUUUAUACUGGCAACAUCUCGUGGAUUGAAUCCUCCUCUCUGUAUUUUCUGUGUUGUUGCAGAUUUGUUGAUUAACCUGAAGAUCUCUUCUCCUCGACUUCAUCUUAGAAUGGAGUGAAUUUUGGUGUGUUGGCUUCCUGAUCUUGGCUUCUAAUGGCUUUUGGCUCCUCCCAUCCUAUCUCUGAUCUCCUACACUCCAUAUUAAGAACAGUGAAUGCUGCUUUCCCAAUGGCUAAUGCAGUCCUUGUUAGGCUGUUGUGGACCUGGCAUGUUCUAAAUCCGGUUAUUGCACUAUUUUGGAAAGUUUUUACGUAGCAAGAUAGUGGAGCCUCAUAUAAGGGCAACUUGAAACCCUACUCAUCUCCACAAUGGUUCUUGUGCCUUUUUACAAGCACUCAAGCACUCAAGAAAUUCCAGGUUCACUCCCACCCCCAGCCCCUUUCCAAGCUACAACUUUGGAUUUACACAGAUAUAGUGCAAGCGGGAAAUGACCGAUAUAAAUGCCUGGGAUAGAAAGCCAUUGAUUGGGCUUAUUGAGAGAUACCACCUUCCUUUCAAGUAGACUGUGAAGGACACCUCUCUUACACGUGCCUUUUGAAGCAAAUGCUGAUCCUGCUUACAUUAGAUUUAAAAGUUAAUCAUCCUUCUCCUAGAAGUACAUAGGCUGAUUUUCUCCCCUCUGCUCCCCCUUUAAAAAAAGGGAACAAAUUGAUAGCGUUAACAAGUAUUGACAGAUUGAGACCUGUAGACCUGAGUUCUGCUGGCAUGCUUGCUUGGGAGGUGACUCAGCUGACUGGAUGAUUAUUCUUAACCCCCCCCCCCUUGCAUUUACUGUGAAGAUUAUGCAAACUCAGACUGGUUAAGUUCAGGUAUUUAUGAGCCUUUAUCAUUCUUGAUACCAGUUUCUAACUGGGAAUGCAACAUACUUCCUCAUCACUCUUUGAAUACGGACCUGAUCUUGCCUGUCUGAAUAAAAGAAGCAAUUUGGGAUCAUUUUUAAAGAAGAUUUUAUUGCCGUUUAGUCAAUGUUUGGCAUGUGUGUUGACAUGAAGAAGAAGUAAGCUCUUCAGAAAGGUGUGCGUUUUCUAAUGGCAGACUGCGUGCAUAAGCAUUUAUUUAGGAAACUUAUAAAAUGUAUAUAAACUACACUUCAGGAUAAGCUUCUUUGGUGGCACAUGCAGCGAUAAUACAGUUAAACUAGCUUUCAUUAUACUCUAGUAAAAAUCACCAGCCUUCUGGGAGCAAAAUUGCAUGUUUCUGGUAGCGACUAAAGCUCCCUCCCAAACUCUCCCCUCCCAAGACCCUGGUGUGAGGAAUACAGUGGUACCUUGGGUUACAUACGCUCCAGGUUACAUACGCUUCAGGUUACAGACUCCGCUAACCCAGAAAUAUUACCUCGGGUUAAGAACUUUGCUUCAGGAUGAGAACAGAAAUCGUGCUCCAGCGGCACGGCAGCAGCAGGAGGCCCCAUUAGCUAAAGUGGUGCUUCAGGUUAAGAACAAUUUCAGGUUAAGAACAGACCUCCGGAAUGAAUUAAGUACUUAACCUGAGGUAUCACUGUACAGUGAACUCCCACAGUACAGUGGCUUACUUUGCUUUUUGCUGGAGUUCUGGCCUGUGUUCGGAAGCAAUCCAAAUGUUUUACUGACUUUUCUAUUAAAAAUGGUUGGGAUCUACUCAAAGAGAAUGCUGGGGCUAAUAUAUUAACCAACAGAAUUAUUGUGUGUAUGGGUACAUGACCAUAUGCCAUGUGCAGCCACGAUCACAGAAAUGGCAGCGUCUCUGAACACCAAUGGUUAACACUGUUUCUCUGCAUGGCCAUUUAUUUAGAAAAUCUUCACUCCACACCCUUCCAUUGUGGCCAGAAGGCUCAUGGUGGCUUAACACAAAUUUUCCCCAAAAACACAAAGGAACACUUUAAAAAUACUUGCCAUGCUGCAAAUAUACACAACUGUUUCAUACAUGAAUACACAUAUUGUAACAAUCCAUACUAAAUAUUUUAUAGGAAACUUGUACAAACACUAAUUUAGCAACUUAUCUUCAAUCCAGUAAUUGUAUUGAAUGCUACAUGGUAUAUUUGUUAUGUUUUUACAUUUUAAUGUGACAAAUAUUGUCACAAGUCCCCACGUUCCACAAAAUGGCUCAUAUGUACUAUCUUGAUCAGUCGUCAGUUUCAGCAGCGAUAACAACUCUUGAGCGUGCUUUUGAGGGGUCUCUUAUUCUAUUUCAAAAAUAGCAUCAAAAAUUGCUACUGUAAAGCUUUCAACAGCCGCAGAGAUGCUUAUAAAACACCUAAGCAGGAAAUUGGCCUAUUAAAACCACUCAACCCAACAGGCCCAAUGUCUGCUGCAACAAAAAUAUCUUGUUCAGACAAUGGAAGGUCGAGAGGGUGCCAAACAAGCUUUCAGGUGAAGGGAAUUCCAGCGUUUGGGCACAGCCACAGAGAAGGCCUCUUCCUGUAGCUCUUUCCUGCAUCCCAAGGAUGCUUCUGGCACCCUUAGAGUUCAGUGUGCCCAUGUAUUCAGAUGCACAUGGCUUAAAAUUAAAUAACUACCUGGCCACUUGCUUGGCAGUGCACAUAUGAAUUGGCCCUUUCUGAGUUAGGAGGUUGCUUUGAAUAAAGCUAAGGAAACAAUUUUUGCUACUAUUUUUUAAUUAAAAAUGCAGAAUCAAGUGUAUAACAAAAUCACAGAAAAUGUUCAUGAAAUAUUGAAGCAGAGACAAAGAGGGGGGGCCAGAGACAUCAGUAAUACAUUCCUGAUUUUUUAUAUAAUAAAAAUUAUAGCAAGGCUAUAAAACAACCCAUUGACAUGGAUCAUAGCUGUCAACGUUUUCCCUUUUUUAAGGGAAAUUCUCUUAUUCCAAAUAGGAUUCCUCGCAAGAAAAGGGAAACAUUGACAGCUAUGACAUGGAUUAUCCCUUAUUUUCCAGGGAGAUGAGCAGCAUUUCCAGCAAACCUUAGUUCAUGAAGCUCUGCAUGUAUUUCUACAUUAUUAUUAUUAUUAUUAUUAUUAUUAUUAUUAUUAUUAUUAUUAUCCACAGGCAUUUAUAAGUCCAGGGGGCAGGUGGAGAUUGGUAUGAUUUCAUUGUUUAUGUUAAUAAUGCAGAACAUAACCAACCAAAAAGUAAUUUGUCCUCUCCCCCUCUUUUUUUUUACCUCUAGCAGUUCUUAGUUUAUACAUCUAUUUUUUCCCCCCUAGUAGGGUUCGUUGCUAGGCAAACCAUUAUUAGCUAAGAGUUGCUGUGGGUCAAGAUACCUUUAGUUACAGCAGAGCCAUACCGAGGCUAAAUCAUAAGCAAAUUUGACCACACUGUGGAAGUAGUGGUUACAAGUAGAACAUAGGUGUUUUGCUUUAAUGAGGAAUGAGUGCUGAUAAACCAAAAGCGAUAAAUCUGACUUUAGAUUUGUCCCCCAAAAAGUGUGUUUUGGAAAGCUGCAGAUCUUUGUGCUAAAAAUUGCAUUCAUGUUAUCUGAAGCUAGGUUAAGAAUUGCUAGAUACUAGACUAGAGAGAUCUUAUGGGCAUAUAACAUAGGCUAUUGGUAUUCAAGAUUAUGCUUCAUUACAUUAGCAGAGAAACUUGUUUGGAGAAGUCAGGUGACAUUCUUAGCUUGAUCCAGUUGUGUGUGCUUUUUAAAUCUCCCCACUCCGAAAACCAACAACGUACAAUAAUCACAGCAUAUAGCUAAACAGUAUAUGUCCAUCUCUAAGAAAAUGGGCAACAGAAGAGGGACCACACCCAACAUUAGAAACCUAAAUAAAAUGGAACUUUCAGGGCCAGCACAGUCUGACUCUCCUCUCAGCAAUGGAUAUUCAAACAAGAAGCUGUGAAAAGCAAGGGCAUGUUAUUCUAACGUUAGACGUUCAGGAGGGCAAUAAGAUAUGUGUAAAAUGAGAGAGCAAAUAGGAUAAUGAUGGGCUCCAUGAGUUCAAGAAUUAUUAUAACGAAUGAGUACCGGUGUUGGUUAAAUUGUAAGACCCAAUCCUGGAAUAUUUUACUUUUUACUUACUGAAACAAAAUGGGACCUGGCCCUCGUGAGUGAGUAUAGUUUGGGAGGGGGGGUUGUCCUCUCUAACACAGUCUUGUAUUCCCAAGACGGUCAACAGAUGCACUUAUUAGGGUAGUUGGGUGUUGUGAGCCAGUCCAGGACCCAUCCUGUUGAUGAUCUACACAGAAUUAAUCAUUUCCUUUGACCUUCUGCUCCCUUUUCUAGCUGUUGCAUUGAUCAUUGUUGUUUAGUACUCCGGCUUGCUGCCUGCUUUCCCUUUGUGGAGAGAACUGGAGAAAUUAUUUAAGACCCUUCAUUGUCUACCUCAGAUAUUUGUAGCGAAGUACUUUUUGGCCACUCUGCCUUACCUUUUGCAUCCCAAAUGUUUGAGUUGCUUCUCGGAGGAUGCUUCCCUUAAAUUUCAACGUUGAAUAAUUCUCAUCUGAAACAUCUCAAUAUUUUAAAAAUUGCGUUUUUGCUCUGUUGACACCAAGAUAGGCUGCCUGUCGCUAUUGAUAAGAGGCAAAGCUGGUAAAGCAACAUUGCUGUUUAGCAAGAAACCGAGGGAUUAAACUCUUCGAAAAUUGUUUCAGUCUAGCAUGAUUUUAAAGAAAUCUUGCACAUGAUAUUAUUUUCCAUUUGAAAAGCUUUAUCUUAGUAAGAGGGGAGAAAUGUUUAACAGUAUUCUAGCUUGAUCUAUUUUGAGCUCAGUUCAGGCAACCUGCUGCGUAUAGUUCAUAUAUUGUACAAAGUGGAACUCAACAUAUGAAGUUCAUAGCUUCAGAACUCAAAUGUCUCUUGCUGCUGAACUAGCAGUGAUGCCCCGCUUCCACAAUUCCAGUGGUCUACCAGCAAAUUCAGCUGUGUGUGUUUUGUAAAAGCUCCAGCAUACCAGCGAUAACAUAAUUAUCAAUAUAUUUUAUUGACAAAUUCAAAAGUUAACAAAUUUAAUUUAAUCCUCUUGGAAUUGCUGGUGCUUGCAUGUUUUUGGAUGCUUUAAUUGUUACUCCACAGCAGGAAGUGCUAUGGUGUGAGUAGAAAAUUCAACUCUUGCCAGAUUGCCACCAGAAAAUUGCAUGGGCCACUUCUUGCAAAAUCAAAGGUCAACACCACGCCAUGGUGGCAGCUGGGAAACUAAUGAUUUAAUGCUGCCUUGACCUUUGACUUCCUAGUCCGUUUGAAUAUGACCCAAUGUUUUAAUUUCCCAGUACUGCUGGGCCCUGGGCUUUUGUUUCUUUCCAGAUGUAUCUUGCACCUCGAGGCUUGUUACUAAAUUAAAGAUGCCCCACCCCAUGCCAGAAAAACCUUUAAACUUGAAAGGGACAAACAGAUUGGGUGUUCUGUGUUUUUGUUCACUAGGGAUGAAUAGAUAGCAAUAAUAAACACACAAGCUUGAUGCAAUAUACAAAACUCAUGACUAGGCAGUCUUGACCUGAUGAUCACAGACAUCGGGUGCUCCUAGGCAAUCUGGGUUUUUUUAAAUUUAAUUUUGAGAUUUUAAGUGUUUUCUUCCGGGCAGGAUGAAACUUGCAACCAAAUCGUCCACAUUUCCCAUUUUAAAUUUUCCAACAAAUCACUUCACUUUCAAAUAGAAGCUCUUCAAGGAAAGUGAGAGAGAGGUUUUCUACUGAAUAAAAUGUUAGUUAUUACACUUUCAUCCCACGGUGGUUGUGUACAAAAUUUCCCCCAGUUCACGACAAACACAUAAGGUAGGAAGAUUGGGCCAAUCCCUAUCUUUCAGCCUAAGAUUAAACUUAUUGAGCUUCGUUCUUAAUUGUAUCUCUGUGUUUUGAAUGGUGCCUUGGAUUGCAUUCAUUUGUAAUUUGUGUAUUAUGUCAGCACCUUGCUGCUCUGAUUAAUGAAUGAAGAAGAGUAAGAGAUAAAUGGACGUUAUUGUGGCUCUGUCUUUCUGCAGUUAUGGGUCACACAGCAUUGGGGACUGGGUUGUGGGCAGCAGCUGUGGGGAGCCAAGACCAAAGAGCCCCUUAGGAUCAAAGGACAAACCAAAAGCCAGAAUCAAGGGGGAAGAGGUUGGAAACGACGGUGCAGGAGCAUGCAAGAGCUGGAGAGGACUUGGUUGCUCAGGCAAGGGUCAGCCAGGAAAGGAAGUUCUUUAAAUUCUUUCCUGCAUAGAAGGAUUCAGUAGUCGAGUUUGAAGGAUUCCUAACUGCAAAGGUAUUACAGCUCAGACACUCACCAUAAGGGGCAGAUUUCAGCAGCUCCUGCCAGCCAGCUUGACUUCAUACACACUGUAUGCACCUCCAAAUAAUCCUGGGAACUGUAGUUUGCCUCUCACAGAGCUACGGUGCUAUACAGCCUUAACAAACUACAGUUCCUAUGAUACUCUGGGGAUGAUGAUGACAACUUGUGAUGUAAAUGUAUGGCGUGUGCGCCACUCAUAUGAAAGUUACAGACACUACUUUCCUUAGAAUAUCUUCAUUGAUCUUGCACUAUCACAUCUCCCAAAUUCAUCCACCCUCUUUUGCCGACUGUUUCCUUAGCUUGCUGGCAUUGUUCAAAUUACUUAUUAUCCAGAUUCCUACCUUGGGCAGUCAAAAGGGCUCCACACCAGCUUAUCUUCAGAAAUAUGCUGUGUCGGGCUUUUCCAGACCACUUGCUAUCUGAGAGAGAAUCGUGGCACUUUAUACACACAAUGUUCACCGCCACAGCAACAAAGGUCUAAGGUUACUAGCAAGCCAGAACAUAUCCUCAAAAUGUCCUGAUUCUGUGGUCUAAACCACUAAGCCUCUGGUGCUUGCUGAUCAGAAGGUCGGUGGUUCGAAUCCCUCAACGGGUGAGCUCCUAUUGCUGUCUCAGCUCCUGCCAACCUAACAAUUUGAAAGCAUGCCAGUGCAAGUAGAUAAAUAGGUACCACUGUGGUGGGAAGGUAAAUGGCGUUUCCUGUGCGCUUUGGUUUCUGUCACGGUGUUCUGUCGUGGUUUAGUCAUGCUAGCCACAUGACCCGGAAAGCUCCUGUGGACAAAGGCCUGCUCCCUCUGCCUGAAAGUGAGAUGAGUGCCGUAACCCCAUAGUCGCCUUUGACUGGACUUAACUAUCCAGGGGUCCCUUUACCUUUUACCUCUUCCUUAAGCCCUAUUUAGGCACUGUGUGUGCCAGCCCAGUUCCUCCACCCCAAAAUUUCCCACAUUGCGAUGGAACACCUGAAGACAUAGACCCAGAUUGUGCACGGGUGGGGCUAACACAUGUAGCACCAUGCCCCUUCCUCGGACACAAUUCCAGAAGACUCCCAAGGUAGAACAUCAAAAAGAAGCUACCCAUCAUAGUGUUAUUGUAUAUAAAACUCUAUAUUACUGGUAUUCUUUACCUUCUGCUGAUCACAUAACUAAAUUAUCAAUGAAGCAGGACAAAAGUAAAAAAAAAAAAAGGCACAGUUAUUUUAAAUUAAAAUAUGGAUACCACCCACUUAUGAAUUUCCCUCCCUAAAUUCUGAGUGAUAAAUGCAAAUUAGAUGCUUUUAUUACUGCUUAGUUCCCCCUAAACUAAGGGAAGCUUAGCUUUUAGCAGUGUUAGAAAUAGAGAUACAAAAAGCUAGGCGCUAAAUGGGACCUUAAACCAAGUUUAUGGGCGCAACAACGGAAUGUCUAGGUGCUUUUUAAAUAUGACAAGAAUACAAAGCUGAAAAUGAAUGAACUGCAGCUAAAACAUUAUGUUCGUUUUUCACAUGGUCUAGUCCUUCCCCUGCCCACCCCUCUAAUAUUCUUAAGAGGGUCUCUUCUCCAGUCUUCAGAGAGUAGCUGGAAGUGGGCAGAAAAAGGCCCUCCUUCCCUUCCACUCUGCAGUUUUAACCCGAAAUCUUAGGUGCAGUUCUGUACCCAAAGCUCAGAAAAGGUUCGCGCCUAUGAAAUUCCCUGUCGCAUAAUGUGCCCAGAAGAAUGGGAGUUUUGAACAUUGGUCUUCGGAGAUGAGAAUGUGCUGCUUUCCACUCUAUAAGUAACUUUGAAUAUAUAUAUAGAGAGAGAGAGAGAGAGAGAGAGAAUGAAUAUUUGUUAAUCUAGCUGCUGAAGGGAUGGAAAUUCAAAGGGCACAGAAAACCAGACAUGGAGAUGUGUGUAGCUAGGUAGGUGUAAGAAGGAAAAUUCUCUUUUUAGCUCAAAACCACACAAGUGAGCCUUGCAGGAUCAGCCCAAAGGCCAGUCUAGCAUUCUGUUCCACACAGUGGCCAACUAUAUACAAAUGGAAAGCCCACAUGCGGGAUACAAGGGCAGUAGCAGCCCCUCUCCCUCUCUGUUCCCAGCAGCUGUUAAUUUUAAGGCAAGCUGCAUCCCAACUUGGAGGUUGUGCAUAUUAUAGACAUCUUGACUACUGUACUGAAAGCCUCCGGGUAAGCAUGUGCUUAGGCGUGAUUGUUUUGCUUGGGUAUGUGACAUUUGGGACACUUACUUAAUACGUAAUUGCAGGCAAGAUCUUAAUGGGAGCAAGACCGCUUGCCACCAUAGGGGGAUAUGAAAUGUCAAAAAACGGAUCAUCUUGGGGGCAAUAAUCGUAUCGAGUGGGACUUUGCUGAUGCAGAGAAUCCCAUUUGCUCCAUGCCAGAGCAAGGCUAUUUCACUUGAAAAUGUUGUGUGGGAGAUACUGGUUAUCGUUUGAAUUUGAUUUUUACUGGACUUCUGACCCGUAAGGCUGGAUGGAAGAAUUGUGACUUUAUAUAUGUUGUAAUUCAGUGGCUGUAGAAAUAAACUAUAGAGGAGGGAACCUGCUCCUGAAUUCGUAAGUGUGUGUGUUAGGAAGAAGAUUGCUGAGGAAGAUAUAUAUUCGGGCGGGGGGGGUGUAAGAGAGAGAGAGAGAGAGAGAUUUUCUACAACAUGCAUAAAGAAGAGUUGUGGCAACAUUACAUAUUUUGUUAAGUGUAAAUGGAGGGGAAAUGAGUGGGGGGAAAUCAGAAUAUACAGUUAAUGUGGAUUGUCACAAUGUUUGUGUACUCUGGUUGCAGUUUACCAUGCUUUUCCAUGUAUAAGGCUAUGUUUUUUUUUAAAAAAAAUCAUGCUAAAAAUUGGGGGUCGUUCUUAUACAUGGGUAGUGCAUAGGGUGGACGUUUGAUUGGUUGCUGCUGUGUUGUGCAUGUUAUUGGUUGCUGCAUCAAUGGGUGGUGUUGAUUGGCUGACAUUCCGGCAGCUGGGCGGGCGAUUGGCAGCUUCUGCUGGUGAUGGGGCAGACAGAAGGCGGAUUUAGUGAUGUGUGUGGGUGAGCGAUAUUCGGCAAUCCCCCCUAAAAAAAAGCUCAACAACUCUGUGCCAUCUCUCUCCCCCCCCCCAUUUUCUUAAAUUUGAAUUUAAUACAUGGGGGGCAUCUUAUAUAGACAGAAAAGUACAGUAUGUCGAUGGAGGCAGGGCCAGUUCUUUCCUUUCCUCUUUAAAAAAGAAAAGAAAAGAUGAAGGCAUUGGAGCUUUAUUUUGUGAGGUAGUUGUACUCUUAUUCUGUAAUGCCUGCUGCUGAAUUACCGUAUUUUUUGCUCCAUAAGACGCACCAGACCACAAGACGCACCUAGUUUUUGGAGGAGGAAAACAAGAAAAAAAUUAUGCUGAAUCUCAGAAGCCAGAACAGCAAGAGGGAUCGCUGCACAGUGAAAGCAGCAAUCCCUCUUGCUGUUCUGGCUUCUGGGAUAGCUGCGCAGCCUGCGUUCGCCCCAUAAGACGCACACACAUUUCCCCUUACUUUUUAGGAGGGAAAAAGUGAGUCUUAUAGAGCAAAAAAUACGGUAAUUCUGUUGUGUGUGAGGGAGGGAGGGGGAGGCUACAGUUGCACAAUACAGUGGUACCUUGGGUUACAGACGCUUCAGGUUACAGACUCUGCUAGCCCAGAAAUAGUACCUCGGGUUAAGAACUUUACCUCAGGAUAAGAACAGAAAUCAUGCGGCGGCAGCGGGAGGCCCCAUUAGCUAAAGUGGUACCUCAGGUUAAGAACAAACCUCCGGAAAGAAUUAAGUACGUAACCAGAGGUACCACUGUACUGUGGGGAACGCACUCUGCACAAGAAUGCUUGCCAGAAACGUACAUGUCAGAGGCUACCUGUUUCAUAGUGCAUCUGAACAGCUUUUUCCAUCUGACAUGGUGAAUGCGUGUGGAGCAGAAACACAGAGCGUUUGGGCAGAGUUGACCUAUGUAUGCCUUAGCUAUACGUACAGGGAUUGGUAGUUGAGGUGUGCCUCAGGACUCUUUCAAGGUGUUUCGUUUUUGUUCCACACUGGUAAAGAAAAGGUAUGGAAGAAUACCUUAUGCCCAUACCUUGUGUAAAAGGUUUCUUUCUUUCUUUCUGCUUUGAGGUUUUAUUACAGUCAAAUGGUGUAUAUAUCUUGUGACGUAAAGAAAUAAAUAAAAAUAAAAAAUAAAAAUUAUAUCUAGUUAACAACCCCUUCUGCUGCAUGGCAAAGCACUUCUAAAACUCCCCUCCAAGAUUAGUUUGUAUCUUAUGAGAAGACCUUACUGGAGGCACAGAACUCUUCUGCAAUUCUCCGCAGUGUGAUGAGACCAGGAGAAAUGAAAACACUUAGUAACUUUAGUAAAAGAAGACUGUAAUUUAAAUCACAGUUCCUUUACUUGCAUUAGUUUGCAUUAGCACUAGUUAGUUGCAGAAGUUGGUUACAUUAUUGCCAUGAUAUUUUAAAGUGUGAAGACCUUAGUGUUAGUCAGCAUGCAGUCGUAUCCCGUUUAAAAGAUGCUGUCAACUUUUCCCUUUUCUUGCGAGGAAUCCUAUUCGGAAUAAGGGAAUUUCUCUUUUAAAAAGGGAAACGUUGACAGCUAUGAUACUACCUCACCGCUAAGGUGAUUCUGGAUUUGGUUUGUUUGUCCGAAGGGAAAAUUACUAGAAAUGUUGAGAUUAAUGUGUGAACGGUGUUUGAAAUUAGCCAGGCGUAUUUUGCACCUGGCUACCUGCCUCUUGCGACCAAAUAAAGAUGCCUGGGCAGCAGGAUGAUGUCAGACAUCUCCAUCAUCUGGAGCUGCAUGCAUUUUUAGCAGAAAUUGUUAAUACGUGUUUAGUUUGGUGUUUGCAAUGAAAAUAGUGGUACCAUGCUUCAGUUUUCAAAACAUUCUACUCUUUAUUGUAUAAGCCUUUAACAUAUUGCUUAUCCUUAACAUAUUCGUUGAGGCUUCAAAGCACAUACAUUUCAGUAAUCCUUGAGUGUCAGCCAGCUGCAAGAAAUGGCACACAGACCUUUUUGACGUGCUCGCAAAUGGAGAAUCUUUAGGCGCAAAAUGCGCUAAUUUUGAACCCUGGUUUUCACACACUAAUAUCACGUUCUGUAGAAUUCUAUGAGUUAUAUUUUAUCUGCACGACCAGAAUGAAUCUCAGCAACCAAAUUACUUUUUCUUUGCAGCCUGAGCAGGAGCAGUGAACGUUACAGCUAAUAGUUGUAGCUUGUCUUCACUUACUCCACCCCACUGCCCUGCUCACAGUUGUGAAACAUAUUCUUACCGUUGUAAAUGGUCCAUGUCACCAUUAAGAAACAGGUAGGAAUAGGCCAGUACAUACGUGGACUGUCUUCCACAUACCAACUGACUUUUCUUCUUUAAGUUCUCAAAAGUUAUUAACCUAGCUCAAGGUUGCCAUCUGAACUAGCCAGAUAAUCCAUCACGGUCAGUGCAUCACUUGAAAAAUAAGACGUUAGAGCCGUCUUGCCCCAAAAUGGCAACUAGACUUUCUGUUUUGGCGACUGUAACCUUUGUUUAAGGAGCCAUUUGGUGCCUGUCUUUUAUACAGUAUCUGAAUUUCUAACACCGAUGUGUGAAAUCGGCGAUAAGAGAAUAAGUAGAGUGAAGAAAGUUAGUGUAUUUUAUGGUGAGAACACAUUUACUGAGAAGUAACUUCGCUUCUACUUCAUUAUAAUUUAAUAUCAUAAUUUUUCGGUGUUGUCUGUGACUUCCGCUAUAUGGGAGCCAUUUCUAAAAUGGAAAAUCUUUCACAUUACUACAUCCUCUAGGUUUUGCAAAUCAAGCAAAGCUUAUUUGUUUGGAACCAAGGAGGAAGAAGGACUCUGGACUCUGCUUUCUAAAGCUGUGGGAAAGGCCCAUGGUUCAAAUGCUCCCUUCUUUCUUCUAUACAAAUCUAUCCUUCUUCCUUCCCUUGUUGACAUUCUCCACAAGCUAGAUUUGUUGUAUUGACCGAAUACAGUGGUGCCUCGCAAGACGAAAUUAAUUCGUUCCGCGAGUUUUGUCGUCUUGCGAUUUUUUUCAUCUUGCGAAGCACGGUGUCGGGAAAGUUUUGGAAAAGCUUCAAAAAUCACCAAAGUCUUUAAAAACCUCAAAAAAGGCUACCACACCGUGUUCUAUGAGUUGCUCCUCGAAGUCAAGUCGCAACUGUAUUAACGGUGUUAAGAAAAAGGAAACAAACUUGCAAGACGUUUCCAUCUUGCGAAGCAAGCCCAUAGGGAAAAUCGUCUUGCGAAGCAGCUCAAAAAACGAUAAACCCUUUCGUCUAGCGAGUUUUUCGUCUGGCGAGGCAUUCGUCUUGCGGGGCACCACUGUAGUGCAACAUGAUUAAUACAAACUAGGGGUUGUAGGGAGAGGAUGAUUUGCACAGGAACUGGAAAGGGAGUACACAUGACUCUCAAGUCUGUUAGCCUCAGUUAUUACACCAGACACUUCUAAAGGGUCGAUGAAACAAAAGUGGGAGAAUAUUUGGAGUUGGUUUUCACAGAGUGAGUCUUUGAAUGAUUUAGGAUCACAAAGGUGCUGCCACCCAGUGAGGUGGGUUGGGGAGGGAAAGUGUAUCUUAAAAUAUAGGUGGAGACAGGGCUCUAAGCCAUGUUAAGCUUUUUUCCAUAAGGAAAGAAAAAUAACUUGAGUCAAAGUCUAUUGUACUCCCAAAGCUAUGGACAGUAGAACUAAAAAGCAUGCCAUACUUAAAAUGGUUUUGCAUGUUGGAGGGAAAUACUCAUCACGGUUACCGAAACAGUGAAAUGUUCUUCCCUGCUGAAUUCUGUUAAUAAAAUAAUUGAAUCCUCAUUUUGCAUAUUUCUAAUUGUACACACAACCUGAGUGUUGUGAUAAUAUUUUGCUAGACGGAAAACACAUUGUGUGCCCAGACAAAAGAAUGCACAAAUAAAAGCAAAUCUGCCUUUUGCUAGUGUUGAAUUAUUUGUUCUAAAGAGUAUAUAAUGGUAUGUCCACUGUAAAAUGGUCUCGAAUUGCAAAUUAGGAAAAAUAAAGUUUUUAUAAAGCCGUAUAUCUAAGUCGCCUGCAAGUUCUUCUGACCCCCUGUAACAGAAGGUGCUUAACCUAGUUUUUUGUCUGCUAGUGUAGCAUAGAAUUCAAGCAGUGGUUACCUGAUCUCCCACAUUGUGCGUGCGUAAGAUGUUUGGUCCUUUAACACACACUCGCUUUAACGUUAAUCUCUUUAAUUAUUCUGCUGCUAUAGCAGUGUAUGUUGUGCUGGAUGGAUAUGCAACAGUUAUUUUGAGAAGAAAUAUGUGUAUUGCUUCUCCCUUGCUAAUUAAUUAUUAGAUGGCUUAUCUUCUGCUGAAUGAAGUCAAGUUAUAUAUAUCCAGAGCAAGAUCCUUGCUAGAAAAUACUGAAAGUACACUUCUAUGAAUGCAUGCUUAUGCUAAUAAUGUGUGGCUUCCACUCUAGAGAGGACAAUUUUCAAGUACAGGUAGUUGUGUUUUGUUAAUAAUUGACUUGUCUUGACCGCAAGACAGAAUUAAACUUAAGACUGAUGACUCUGCUGGAGCCAGUGGAAGCAUCAAAAGUACACUUGUCUGUCUCUAUAGAGUGCGCAGCAUAGAAGAUGAGCACUUGCAUGCAUGCAGGAAAACACACGUGCCAAAAAAUCUGCAUGUUUUAUAGCGCAUCUGAACAGCUUUUUCCAAUGUGAGCUGACAUGCAAAAGGUGUGAAUUGGAAGCAGAGCUUUUGAGAGAGUUCUUCCCAUACUAUGUGCCUUAGCUCUGUUCCUAGGAAUUGGUUCUCCAGAUGUCUAAGGAGAGAACUCUGCCCAAGGCCUUUUGUUUAUGGUUCCUCUUGAGAAGGACAAGAUAUUGGAAGAGUCUUUUGCCUGAGCCUUAGGUGGUGUGAGAAAUGAGUCAUUGGGCAGACCCCAUGUUGCCAGAUUUUCAGUCCUUGGCCAGUUUCAAAAUGCGAGCCUUAAGAAUCAAUUAAUUGCCUGCCAACAAGGACUGUAUUUCCGCCAUGACCAUUACCAGAGUGACUAUCUGAGAAACAUGGCAGUCCUGGGAGCAUGGGAGCUUAACCCUGAAACCAUUCAUUAGGACAGAGGCAGUUUUCUGUCUGAAUAUAAUUUAACAUUAACUGUUGAAGUGAGGCUUACCAGUGAUAAAUGGUCAAAUGUAAACCAGCUUGAUUAUAUUGGUCUGAUUUCUCCCCCUUCCUUCCACCAUGGUUUCUGGUGAAACAGCUGCUGUGCACCAGCAAAACGCAAAGGCUCGUUUAAGGCCUUUAUUUACAGUACUACAUGCAGGCCUGGCUAUUGGAUAUUUGAAUCUGUGGUGUGCAUAGUGAGGUUUGGGUACUAAUUCCUCAUGUUUGGAUAAGUGAAUUUUUGUACAAUGAGCUUUUGAUACUGGGACAUGAAUGUACAUUAUAUACAUGAAGAUCUGCCCUGGCCAAGCUUUUGAUUUUUGCAAGGCAUGCCUACAUAGAAUUGUAGAGUUAGAAGGGAACACAAGGGUCAUCUAGUCCAACCCCUGCAAUUCAGGGAUCUUUUGCCCAACAUUAGGCUCGAACCCACAACCCUGAGAUUAAGAGUCACAUACUCUACCAACUAAGCUAUCUCAACUCACAUUCUUCUUGCCCCUUGGCAUAUAUAACGUGAGCCCUAACAUUGAGGUAUUCUGUCAGGUAGGGAAAGGCUGGGAAUUCUCUUUAUAAUUAGCACCUUACUCACUUAAUUUUGUAGUUUCUAAAAGGCUGAGCUUUUUUUCUGCAUAAGAGCAAUCCAGUUAUACCUCAAACCCAUCAUUCGAAGCAGCAUUCAAAAUUAGCCAGAAUGUGAGCACUCUGAGAAGUCUUGUCGCCAUGUAUGGUGACUGAGACUCGAGAAUAAAAUUGCUUGAGCUGAGGGCCUGGGAGGAGAAGCCUCUGCGCCCAACUCAAGGGUAGGAAAGAUCACUUCUGCAUACACAGAAAAAGAAUAAACAAGGAAUACAGUUCCCUAAGAAAGCUAAUACUCUUGUAUGUCAAAAAACAGCUUAUGAAACCAUUUUAUGCUCACAAAAACUGACCACAAUUCUGGUGUUUUAAUGUUUUAAUUUUUUUGCCAAUAUGUCUUCUUCCAUUUCAGUAAUAGAAGCUCCCUGGGAGGGAUCAUGUGUUGGUGGAGAAAUAUUAUUAAUUAAUUGAUUAAAUUUGUAUACCACCCUUUACCUGUAAAUCUCAGGCAGGUUUAUGAUUACCUGGAUAUCAGUAUUGUAGGCAAGGUAAGAGUACUGAGUUUUAUAAGACUAAAUUCUUUCCCCCUUAAAUCCCCAAAAUGAGGUUUCUAAUGUGGUGUCUGCAACUCCACAUGCACCCAAAAAAGUAUUCAGUGGCAUCAAUGGGGUCCCUUCCUGCUGCUGAAAUUAGAUUUGAAAGAAGCCCUUUAUUGUAGCCCGUAGAAUAGGUUCCACUCUGCUGUUUGUUGGCAACAAGUUUCUCAAGUUUGCAAAUGUUGGUAAGGUAAAUGUAAAGGACGCCUGGACGGUUAAUUCCUGUUGAAUUCAACUUUGGGGUGCAGUGCUCAUCUCACUUUACAGACCGAGGGAGCUGGCAUUUGUCCACAGACCGCUUUCCAGGUGAUGUGGCCAACAUAAUAACUAAACCGUUUCUGGUGCAGUGGAACACCGUGACGGAAGCCAGAGCUCACGGAAACGCCGUUUACCUUCCCACCACAGCAGUAGCUAUUUAUCUACUUGCACUGGCAUGCUUUCGAACUGUUAGGUUGGCAGGAGCUGGGACUGAGCAAUGGGAGCUCACUCCAUUGCGGAGAUUCGAACCGCCCACCUUCUGAUCUGCAAGCCCAAGAGGCUCGGUGGUUUAGACCACAGCACCCCCUGCGCCCCCUCAGAUGUUGGAGCAGAGCAGGACACUGAGCUGCAUGAUGACGAGCAAAUAAUCAGAGCGUGUGUACUAAGCUUCUCCACUCUCCACCCAUUGCGCCCUGCCAGCGGGUUAGACUAGAUGACCCUGGGUGUCCCUUCCGUCUUUACAGUUACGAGACCCUCCCCCACAAUGCUCCAUUUUAGGGUCAUGCCCACAGGUGGCAUUAAUGGUCACUGGUCAAACACGUUCUCUCCCGGAUCCAUACCUGAAUAACUAGGCAAAGGGUGAUGAGCAUAAGCUGCAAGCCAAGUCGCCGUCGACUCCCCAGAGAACCUAAGCCCCUUUUGCAUCACUGCUUUCACUGGAAGCUGCGGCAGGGAGAACCCCGCAUUCCUUUGCUUUUGUUAACUCUGCCUGGUACUUGAAACUUUUUGGGAGAGAGGAGGCCAGUGGGUGGGGCGUACUGGAGAACGGACCAACAGAGAGGGGUUGGGGGGAGGGGAGCUGGUUGUAGGAAUUGUCCGGUCAGGUCAGAGUUUAACUUUAGCAGCCAUUCAUCAGAUGUUGGUUGGUUUUCUAUGGAAUCCCAGGAGACAUUUAACCGAAUCCCUGCCCAUCCUCCACUGUGCUCUUUGAAAACAAAUGGACCAAAAAAGGGGAGGGGGAAGCAUGACACCCAGGAAUUCUUGGUGUUGUAAAAUGUUUUAUUUUUUAUUUUUUUACAGUGCACUGUAAAGCCCUUUCCUAGAGCAAUCAGGUUUAUGACCUUGCUCUGAUACGCUUUGGCCCACUGUGCCUAUAAAAGAUGAAUAGCCCUGUGAUGUUCUUCGCCAGCUUCUGAAACUUGUGGAAGGUUCCUGUUGUGUGUCUGGGUUUGGGAUUGUGUGUGUGUGUGUGUGUGUGUGUGUGUGCAUGUACAUGCACUGAAAUUUUUCAAAAUGUGUGUGAUCAGGAAAUGUUUCCCUUUUAAAAGGAAAUUAUCAAUUCACUUGCAUUCAGUGCCUCUCUUGAAUGCUAACUGCUAUUAAGCACCCCUAACCAUUCUCUCUCCACCUCCCAAUUUCCUUGUGUCUUGUGUACCCUGUAAAAGUGCCAUGUUGCUUUUUCAGACGUUCCCAAAAGAACUUCAUUAUGGCUGGUUUGGAAUACCGAUAAAGCUUAAUAACUGAGCUUGAUUUAGCUUAAUAACCAUCAACAAGCAUAGCUGUUGAUAUCCCUCUGGAAUAUGCCUUAUAUAAUCUUGGAAUAUUUUAAAACUAUAUUGCAGUUCCAGAAACAAAACGAAAAAGGCUUUCAAACUUGUGCUGCUCUGUGUUUUAUGCUCUAGUUUUCUCUUGUUCUCAACGUAAUAUUUAAAUAGAAUUCCACCUUCGUUUGUUGAAAAAAUUUACAUCCCACCUGUGCAUCAGAAGUCAAGGUUGCUAACAGUUCAGAACCAUUGCAGCAAUCCACAGUUGAGAACCAUAUCAUAAAUACAAAAUGUUAGUGUAAAAACCAAGACCACAAUGACAAUUGCAAAGGAGCCAGCAGAGGUAAAAUAACAGCAUACCAAAAUGAGGAAAUAUUCAGCCUGAUGCCUUUUGGAACAGUUACGACUCUUAACAAUAGCUGUCAAAAACAGUAGGGAAGAAGCCUGACGUAGCUCACUUGGUAAGGCGUUCGGGGUCACUGCAGAAAAGGCCCUACACUUGGUGUCUGCUAAGUGUGCCUCACUAUUUUGAGCAAGUCCUUAGGUCCCAAGCCGUUUAGAGUUUUAAAGGUUAACACCGACACUUUUAAUUGAGCCCAGAAACUGAACUGGCAACCGGUGCAUGUCACACAAAACUGGCCUGAAUAAGACACAGGGUCUCCCUGGCUUAUUGCAUUGUUGUAAGUUCCCAAUGCUCUUCAAUGGCAGCCCCACAUAGAGUGCAUUUAAGUCAGGGGUGCCCAAACCCUUUUCAAAUAGGGCCAAAUUUGAUGAAGUGAAUAUGCGUGAGGGCCGACCAAAGUUGUUGAACUUUUUUUACAAAUUUACCCCAAAGCUUUUUGGGAUUGAAGUUUACCCCAAAGUUGUUGAACUUUUUAAAGGAUUUAACCCAAAACUUGUUCAGCUUUUUAAAGGAUUGAAGUUGAUGAGCUUUUUUUACACUUUUACCCCAGGACAUAUACUGCUAUGGGGGUCGGAUUAGGCCCCUGAAACGGACUUUGGACAUGCCUGAUUUAAGUAAUCUAGAGGUCACCAGGGCAUACAUGACUGGGAAAGUCCAAGGCCGGCCGAAGCUGGAGGAAGCCAAAAGCUAGAUACAUGAAAGUGUUGGAUUCAUGGAGCCUCCAGAAUCUCUUCAGCUGCCUCUUUUACAAAUGCUCCUAAACCUUGGAGAGUUUUGUUCUCCACUUUUUCCAGUGGCAUGAUAGAUAUCAAACAUUAUAAUUCUCAACAGAGAAACAUAAGAGACACAACAGACUGGUGCCUUCUGGUUCCUGACUAUAUCUGGAGGGUGCCCGGCUGGGGGAGCACAACUGAGUCCUUGUUACCUUAAAUUCCUGUUUUGGGAGGAGAAUAAACUAAGGUGCCAGAAGAUGGGGAGCCGAGCCUUUCAACACCACCCCAUGGUUUUCUCCUUAGCUUGCUCUCUCUCCAACCCCCAACCCCCUCUUAGGGUUUCAUUUGAUACUGUGCUAGAUAGAAAAUAGCCUGGGGCAGGGCAGUAAUUGUGAUGAAAUUUCAGGCGGGUGGGUAGGUAUGAGAUUGGGGGUUGGUUCAGUUCCACCCAUUCAUAUGCUUUUAAAGUGCUACACCAUAUGCAUGCUUUGGAAGUAUUCAGCAGUGGUGAAGCAAUCCUGACACUCGGGUCUGCCACUGCCAUGUCAGGAUUUGGCUCAUAACGUGAUCCCCAAAUUGUGCAAUUGUGUGGUGGCAUUUUGUCCCUGCAUAUGGAACGGAUGAGAUUGUUGCUUCGGGGGAAGGGGUGGCAAGUUGGACAACCAUUUCCUAAACUUCGUGCCAUAUUACAGUUGUCAAAACCCUGCCGUCCUGCCCCUUCCUUCCUUUCUCUUUCUCUUUCUCUUUCACUUUCUCUUUCUCUUUCUCUUUCCUUCCUCUCCCAUGUUAAUUUGGGCAUUUGCCACUGGGUGAAGGUGGAUGAGUGGUGAAUGGUCCUCGCAGCUUACUCUGCAGGUCUAGCAGCAAGUCAUGGAGCCCACACUGACAUAGACUGAGCCCUAAGCCCUGCACUUUGCCAUGCAAAGUAACUUGACGCCACCCAUAACACUGGUGUAGAUGUAACUCAGGCAGAUGGGCAGGUAGGGGUGGGGGCGGCGGCAGCACAAAUAAUAAAAUUAUAACAUUUUAAUUUUUAUUAUUAAUCCUAAACUAAGGCUCAAGCCCAGGGAUGCGGGUGGCGCUGUGGGUUAAACCACAGAGCCUAGGACUUGCCGAUCAGAAGGUUGGCGGUUCGAAUCCCCGCGACGGGGUGAGCUCCCGUUGCUCGGUCCCUGCUCCUGCCCACCUAGCAGUUUGAAAGCACGUCAAAGUGCAAGUAGAUAAAUAGGUACCACUCUGGCGGGAAGGUAAACGGCGUUUCCGUGCGCUGCUCUGGUUCGCCAGAAGUGGCUUAGUCAUGCUGGCCACAUGACCUGGAAACUGUACGCUGGCUCCCUCGGCCUAUAGAGCGAGAUGAGCACCGCAACCCCAGAGUUGGUCACAACUGGACCUAAUGGUCAGGGGUCCAUUUACCUUUUAAAGCUCAAGCCCAGGCCUCUCUUUGCCCACCACCCCAACCUGUGCUUGAGGUCCGCUGCAUGACAUGGCUUUGUCAUAACUUCCAACCUUUCUAACCCUCCCACUUGAGCUAUGAAAACUCCAGGAGAAGUGUGGAGGGUUGCAGGCCACCUUGAAACCUCCACUUAACACUUUUAAAUAAUCUGAAAUUCCUGUGGUCAAAAAUUGUAAUUCUGCACCAAGUUCCAACUUCAUUAUGUUGCCUUAAGUUUUGGGGUUGUUGUUGUUUAUAUGAAUUAUAUUACUUCCUCUUGACUCUUACCCUCAUGAAUUUGUAUCCAUCUUACCAGGGUCCCCUUCCUGACAACACACACAAUUUUUCUUCCCAAAAGAGUGUCCGUGGACUUUGAAUGGAGAGGUACUUGUGUUUAUAAUGCUUGAGGGCAUAUUAAGCCUUGGCAUUUCCACACAUAAACAUAAUUAAUAUAGGCCCCGGUCACUUUGAGUAAUGGUCAAUUAAACCUGUUUCAGCCUCUGCUCCUAUUGGUAUCUAUGAAAGAUGAAAACCCAGCUGUUAAGAGCCCAGUGAAAUGCAGUUGCUAAAGGUACCCUUUCGAUUUUAUGGUAUAUUUUGUUAAAUCAUUUCCUGCAGAUUGAAGAUCUACCAAAGUUUUCAUAUUAUCAUGUUAAAUAUAGCUGGCAUCUUAGUUUCAUAUUAUCAUGUUAAAUAUAGCUGGCAUCUUAAAUCCUUGCAUGCUCUGAGCUUCAUGAGUCUGUGCUCAUAAUUGUAGAGCGUGGAUAGGCAAACUAAGGCCCGGCCCAAUCUCCUUCUCAAUCUGGCCUGCAGACAGUCCGGAAAUCAGUGUGUUUUUACAUGAGUAGAAUGUGUCCUUUUAUUUAAGAUGCAUCUCUGGGUUAUUUGUGGGGCAUAGGAAUUCGUUCAUUUCCCCCCUUCAAAAUAUAGUCCGGCCCCCCACAAGAUCUUAGGGACAGUGGACCAGCCCCCUGCUGAAAAAGUUUGCUGACCCCUGUUGUAGAGUUUUUAGUUACCUCUGGUGGAUUGACCCCCCAGCCUUAGGCAAGAAAGAUUUGGGCUGAUCUUGCUCCUGUUGCAUUUGCAUGGAAUAAGGGUGGGGAGGCUGAUCUCCUACCCACUACCUUAUUGGUGUAGGUGGUGGUAAAAAGGCAAAGGGACCCCUGACCAUUAGGUCCAGUCGUGACCGACUCUGGGGUUGCGGUGCUCAUCUUGCUUUAUUGGCCGAGGGAGCCGGCAUACAGCUUCCAGGUCAUUUGGCCAGCAUGACUAAGCCGCUUCUGGCGAACCAGAGCAGUGCACGGAAACGCCAUUUACCUCCCCGCCGGAGCGGUACCUAUUUAUCUACUUGCGCUUUGAUGUGCUUUCGAACUGCUAGGUUGGCAGGAGCAGGGACCGAGCAACGGGAGCUCAACCCAUCGAGGGGAUUCGAACCGCCGACCUUCUGAUCAGCAAGUCCUAGGCUCUGUAGUUUAACCCACAGCGCCACCCACAUCCCUUUGUAGGUGGUGGUGGAGGAGGGUAAAACAAUGUAUGUUGAAUUCUGAGGAAGCCCAUGAGGGAAUGAGAAAUGGAUCAGUUAAUUUGUUUUCUCCCCUCACUAAAAAGAUUUUCAUUUACCGGCUAAUGUAAGAUCAAGACUGAAGUGUGUACACACAGCUUGAGUGAUUACAUGCCUCUGAGUGUGCUCUUUCAAUUCCUCUUUCUUUGCUGUAGAAUUUGGAAACUUUAUAGACAAAUGAAUGUAUAUUUGUUUGGGGCACUUGUUGGCAAAUGUUGCCGUGCACUUUUGCGCCAGAAGCAGAAAGUUGCAUGGUAUUCCAACCACUCUUAGGGACCUUUUGAAGAAGGCGGUCGGUGCAAUUUUGUUUUUGUUUCCCUUGGAAAGGCACAAAUGCAACCUUUGCAAAGAAACUCCAUUCAAACCACCCGCCAACAAGCAGUUGAGUGGUAUAUUGUAGCCUUUGUUUGGAGCGAGAGAGCAGCGCUCAAAGCAGUUACUGCUCCAAAACUUGUGUUUGAGCCAAUUUGGUAAACGCCAAAAUCUGUAAAUUGCCAAUUUGGGGCAAUUCUUCUCCCCCACCCCAGCACUCCUGCAGUAUUCUGACACAUUACCACCUUCUGUGAUGAGAGAAAAGAAAGAAACUGUGAAUUAUUGCUUGAGACACUUCCAGCAGCUAGGCUCAGGACUGCCACAGUCUCCAUAGGCUAACUUGAAAAACCAGUUUCGUACUGAAGACUUUUAAAAAACAUUUUUCUUUAUAUACAAAGCCUUUUUUUUUAAAAAAAGGAACCUGUUUGACAUGGAACAAAACGUUGGAGAACUAUUGUUACUGGGCUAGCAUUUCUUGAUAUACUAGUGGACUAGAGGCUUUCUUAAAAUAAAAUCUGUUAAUUGUUUUGAUUGCUUUCCCCUCUCUUCUUCUGUGGUUUGUGUGCCUGAAUGACUCCUACACUGUGCCUUGUAUUCUUGCAGAAAGUAGCAUCUGGAUCUACAUGACAAGACUGCUCUCUGGCCUUUGACCUAGCUUUGCUUCUGGCAUUAACUGUUUCAGAGGGUUAAUAGUAGGUUUAGCUUGAAGCUGAACCCUUGCUCAUAUUGACGCCAUUUUCUCUUCAGAUGGCCCCUUUGAGUAGAAAGGGGUGGGGGGAAGGAGGAUACUUUUAACAAGCAGGCGAAUUGUGAUAUUCAUGUGACUCACUAGUUGGCCUGCCUCGAGUUUUUUGCUUUCUUACUGCUUUAAAACUAGUAGAAGAGGGGUUUUCUGUACUCCGUGCAGCACCAUGAUAAAUCCUGUUGUUGAGAGAUGUUUUGCCAAAAGAAUAGUACUGUACAUAACAAGAGAUUUCUUAGACAGAAAUAUUCACAGUUUUUUUAUUUUAAAGGAUUGUGGUCCAGGCAUUUAGGGAAAGCAUGGGGAUUAGACUGCAAAGUGGGUGUAAAUAAAGAUGAAUGAAUCCCUAAAUAAAAUUAUCCCUCUUGGCCCUGUAGUGUUGAAGAAACCAUCUUGACCACCUGGAUUUGUUUGAACUUAAAUGUUGAGAGUGACACACAGGAAUGUCUGAUCCUGUUAUCACUUGCCCAUCCCUUUUGCUGAUUGACUCUUACCCAUUGUUUGAACGUAAUUUGUGCUGUUUGAACUUCAUGUGUUUCCAAGUGGUAAAUUUGAAGCUGAUAUAUAGGUUCAGGGAUUAUGCAUUCAACCUGACUUGAGUUCUUAGAGGGUGUUUUCCAGGCAGAAUCAAUAGGAACAGGUCUGGUGCUAGGAAUGGCUUUUGCCAUUUUCUCUUGAAUGGAUUGUUAAAAGUUUGCUACCAUGCCACAGGGUCUCUUGUUACUUCCCUCUGCUGGAUGGAAUGUGAAAAUAGCUUUCUGAUUUACUGAUGGACAAUUCAACUAACCCUCUUGAUGCUUUGUUUUGAGAAAGUUCACUGUAGGCCCCUUUAAUGACAGAAUUGCAAGUUUUUAAAGAAGUUGAAGAAAAUGUUUUAAAAAUUGGGGGGGAUCUACACACACACAAAGGGAUGCGGGUGGCUCUGUGGGUUAAACCACAGAGCCUAGGACUUGCCGAUCAGAACAUCAGCGGUUCGAAUCCCCAUGAUGAAGUGAGCUCCCAUUGCUUGGUUCCUGCUCCUGCCAACCUAGCAGUUCGAAAGCAUGUCAAAGUGCAAGUAGAUAAAUAGGUACCACUCCAGCGGGAAGGUAAACAGCGUUUCCGUGCACUGCUCUGGUUCGCCAGAAGCGGCUUAGUUAUGCUGGCCACAUGACCCAGAAGCUGUUUGCGGACAAACGCUGUCUCCCUUGGCCAAUAAAGCGAGAUGAGCGCCACAACCCCAGAGUCGGCCACGACUGGACCAAAUGGUCAGGGGUCCCUUUACAUUUACACACACACACACACACACACACACACACACACCAUCUCAGCAGUGCAAGAAAUUCUCCAGGCGUGUUUUGUGACUCGUGCAGGUCCAAUUGAGACCACAUGGAGAUAUCUGGAUGCUAGGUUGGCUACAGACAUCUCCAUCUGACUGGCCCUUCCAGCUUUCUGUAGAGCCCGUUCAUUGCAUCUAUAUCCCACCUUUUUCUCCAAGGAGUACAUGGUUCACCCCCUCCCCAGUUAAUCCCUACAAUGAUCCUGUGAGGUAGGUUAAGAGGAUGCGACUGGCUCAUGGUCACCCAAUGCACUUCACGACUGAGUGGGGAUUUGAACCCUGAUCUGCCAGGUCCUAGUCUGACACUCUAACCCAGGGGUCAGCAAAGUUUAUCUUGCCUGGGUCGGAUCAGUCCCACGGAGGAUCCCUCUGUGGGCUGGAUCGUGCACGUGCCCGCGAUUUUCAGCGCCGUGGAAGCAAGUCCCCGUGCUGUGCUGCACCAGUAGCUCAGUCCUGGGGGGGCAGCUCAUGGGCCGGUCAAAUGACCUUCUGUCCCAUGGCCUUUAGGUUGCUGACCCCUGCUCUAACCACUACACCACACUGGCUUCCUACAGUACGUCUCCUAUGGGGGGCAGCUCUAUGAAUUAAGUAGGUAAAUAAACAGGGGGAACCAAAAUGUCAGAGAAGGAUCUGAAAUGUUUUUAGCUUGAAUUUUCAGUUUGAAGUUUGAAUUCAUUUUAUUCUAGAUGGUUAUAUUUGAAGCUUUAUCGUGUUGUAAAUGGCUAUGAGUUUUUUCCCCUUUAAAAUAUAAAGCAGUAUAGAAAUGAAAUCAGUAAUAAUAAUAACAAUUCCCACCGCAGAGGGAGGAAAGGGCGCACCUGGACAUUACAUUGUGGCGACCAGGUUUAAGGGGCCAUUUGGCGAUCAACUUACCGUAUUUUUUGCUCUAUAGGACUCACUUUUUCCCUCCUAAAAAGUAAGGGGAAAUGUGUGCGCGUCUUAUGGGGCGAAUGCAGGCUGCGCAGCUAUCCCAGAAGCCAGACAGAAGCUUUCACUGCGCAGCGAUCCCUCUUGCUGUUCUGGCUUCUGAGAUUCAGAAUAUUUUUUUUCUUGUUUUCCUCCUCCAAAAACUAGGUGCGUCUUGUGGUCUGGUGCAUCUUAUAGGGCGGAAAAUACGGUAUAUAUCUGAGUUUCUGUAUCUGAGUGCCUUAGAUGGCAUCGUAUCGUUGACAUCAGAGGAACCCCUGUGAUUGUUCACUAAUCUUACAGGUGACCAUUGCUAACCAUUGUUUUUAAAACCCACUUCUGGGCUAGCUUUUCACCCAUGUCUCCUUGGACCACCUCUCUUUCAGGUCCUGCACUUCUACUGUGACACUUGCUCUGUCCCCAUCUGCCGGGAGUGCAGCAUGGGACGUCACGUGGGCCACAGUUUUAUCUACCUCCAAGAUGCUCUGCAGGACUCCAGAACUCUUACCAUCCAGCUACUAGCCGAUGCUCAACAGGGUCGCCAGGCCAUUCAGGUAAAUGUACAGUCAUACCUCAUGUUACGUCCGCUUCAUGUUACGUUCUUUCAGGUUACAUCCUGUGGCGACCCGGAAGUACCGGAAAGGGUUACUUCCUGGUUUUGCCACUCGCACAUGCGCAGAAGCGCAAAAGGACGUCAUGCGCAGAAGCGGCGAAUCGCAACCCACAUGUGCACAGGCGCGCCGCUGCGGGUUGCUCUCUUUUCAUGUUGCGAACGGGCCUCUGGAACAGAUCUCGUUUGCAACCAGAGGUACCACUGUACAAGCUGCAUGGCGGGCUGCAUAUAUUGUGGCUGUUCCUUGAACACCCAGCGACCAAUUUCUAUAAUCAACUGAAAGUAAUAGUUGUCUAAUCCAGAGGUUAUUGGCCUUUUUGAGUCCACGGCUCCCUUGACCAACUGCAUUCUUUCUGCGGCACCCCUGAGGGGCUCAGGAGCCCAGUUACUUCACCCCUUGCCUGCAGAGCUGGCAGCCUCUCACUCUUUUUCGAAGACCCUCCCUUGUGGAGUGUUCCCACAGCCUCCUUUCCCUUCUCUGCUGCAGCCUGUGGUCUCUGAGCCACCCCCCUGCCCCAAAGAGAGGUGCCUCCUCACACUGCCCCACAGGGGCCUGGGACUUGUCUAUCCAUUCCAGUGGUGUAGGGGUUGAGAGGGGUGGACUCGUAAUCUGGUGAACCGGGUUCGCUCCCCUGCUCCUCCACAUGCAGCUGCUGGGUGACCUUGGGCCAGUCACACUUCUCUGAGGUCUCUCAGCCCCACUCACCUCUCAGAGUGUUUGUUGUGGGGGAGGAAGGGAAAAGGAGAAUGUUAGCCGCUUUGAGACUCCUUCAGGUAGUGAUAAAGUGGGAUAUCAAAUCCAAACUCUUUUUCUUCUUCAUUCCCAACAGCAAGGGCUGGUGGACUGGCUGGCUGGGCUCCCUCGUCCGCUUGCUUGCUUCCUUGCUUGCUUGCUUACUCACUCCAAGGCCGCCUCAGCUCCUGGCAACCAGCACCCCCUGGCCAGCCCCAGAGGCACCCUUCGCUUGCGGAGCUUGUAGCCAGGGCUGCAGCAAGCAGCUGUGCAAGCCAUUGGGAGGAAGAGACGUGAGAAGGCAUUAGACGAGGGAGGGAAGGAAUGAAGGCCAGAGGCCAGUGUUGCCCAGGGCACCCCAACCAUCCUUCAAAGCACCCCAGGGUGCCACGUCACACUGCUUGAAAACCACUGGGCUAAUUAUUAGGGAAGAAGGGCUGAAUAUAAAUACAAUAAAUAAAUAUUAGGAUUAAGGCCUCAAGGUCUGGUAUGCCAUAACUUCUUUUCCAUCUGAAAAAAUGGCACAAAGCUUUAUAUUAUGUUACAAGGUAUGGGGAGUAGUGUUUCUGGGCACUCCUCUUUCUGCUAUAAACUGAUGCCACAAAACUAGUUAAACAGGUAUAGCUCACCUCUCCAGAAACACUUUCUUACUUUAUAUGGGUGGUAUUGCUCUGGUUCUUCCAUCUGGAAUUCAAGGGGCAUUAUUUCCUGGAUCUUUGGUAUUCAAAGAAGCACUAUAAAUGACUUGGAAUGAUACGUACAAGUACUGUAUUUCAAACUUUUCACGAGGAAAAGGCACUCUCACUAAAUAGCACCACCUGGUGGCACUAGAGCUCAUAAGAAUCCAUUUUUAAAUUGCUUUUUGCUGAUUUAAAAGUUAUGGGGAUGUGAAGGUUCCAUUUUUUAUUUUAAAUGUAAGGGAGAGAAGACCUUUCCUUUAAUUGUGGUGCUGCAUUUUCAGAGAAGAAUAGUUUAAAACAAUGAAUGGCAUUAGCUUGCAGAAACCUAGUUGCAAAUUAUUGUAGCAUCACUUGGGAAACCUCAAAUGUUUAUAAAUUAAGCUUGAUACUAAGUUCUGAUAUGCUAAACUAUAGGUAAAGGUAAAGGGACCCCUGACUAUCAGGUCCAGUCGUGACCAACUCUGGGGUUGCGGCGCUCAUCUAGCUUUAUUAGCCGAGGGAGCCGGCAUACAGCUUCCGGGUCAUGGGGCCAGCAUGACUAAGCCGCUUCUGGCGAACCAGAGCAGCGCACGGAAACACCGUUUAUCUUCCCGCCAGAGCAGCACCUAUUUAUCUACUUGUACUUUGACGUGCUUUCGAACUGCUAGGUUGGCAGGAGCAGGGACCGAGCAACGGGAGCUCACCCCGUCGCAGGGAUUCGAACCGCCAACCUUCUGAUCGGCAAGUCCUAGGCUCUGUGGUUUAACCCACAGCGCCACCCGCAUCCCUAUGUUAAACUAUGGUUUGGUACUAUUUUGCUUGAACUAACCACAGUUAAAAGUAAACCAGAGUUUCCCAAGUUUGAGUAUAACAGGAAACUGUGCUGUGCUUUAUUCAAAACUGAAGAAGCAGUUGUUUUCAACUUCUUUCCCUCAAGUACUGAGGAAGUAGGGAGUGGGGAGGAAUAAGUCUAAUGUUUGCCAUGGCGCAUUCCCAUAAUGCUCAACUGGGACAGCAAGUAGGCAGUUAGAGAAGAAUCUGUGCAUUCCCAAUCCAGAAGAGGCUAUGACAGCAGCUACUGUGUCAGUUCCUAGUUAUUUUAAGGCUUUAUUUUCACUUGAGCAACGAGCCCAUUGUAUUCCAUCGGCAAACUCUAACCUCAACAUGAAAUAAACAUAAAAACUGGCCUGGAGGUUGAUCUGUGGCUGAUUUGCCCCCAACUCUGCGUGUUUUAAUGUCUCUUAAGUCACAAUGACUUGGUUUAUACAUGGAGCAGAUGGAUAGCUCAACCUGUUAGAGUGUGGUGCUGAUAACGCCAAGGUUGCAGGUUUGAUCCCCGUAUGGGUCAGCUGCAUAUUCCUGCUCUGCAGGCAGCUGGACUUAGAUAAUCCUCAGGGUCCUUUCAACCUAUAAUUCUAUGAUUUGUACCAGGGUUUGUGCCAGGCUGGAGGUAAAGAUUUACACGUUUAAACACUACCCUACAUGCAGAAGUAAGGCAUGCAAGGAAGAAGGUUAGCAUGCCAAGAGAAUGGUUCAGCCUAGCUUUCUACAUGCAAGAAGUUUUGUCCUCCACUCCCCAUGGAACGCUCUCCAAAGUGAAGCCAGACGGGUGUCGACACUUGACAUUUUUCAAGUGUGAGGUUAAGAAUUUCCUCCUCUUCCAGACAUUUGAUAGAAUAUGAUAGAAGAAGUCUCAUGUUGGUGUGCUGUAGGUAAGGUUUUGCUUUUCCUGCGAAGGCUGCUAUUUAAUGUGUUUGAUUUGUUGCUAAAUUGCUGAUAGUUUUUAAGCAAAUUCUGUAUGGUUUUUGAACAUUAUUUCGCGUCUCCUAGAAGCUGCCCUUUAUUAUGACACAUUCAUUCAUUCAUUUACUGUGCAAGGCAACAUUUAAACAUGUGCCUUCUUGCUUUUCAUCUUGACGUGGUAUGCACAGAAAACCUCUUGCUGCAUGUAUAGAUGACGGUGUCUGUACAGUGGUACCUUGGGUUACAUACGCUUCAGGUUACAGACUUCGCUAACCCAGAAAUAUUACCUCGGGUUAAGAACUUUGCUUCAGGAUGAGAACAGAAAUCGUUCAGCGGCAGCGCAGCAGCAGGAGGAGGCCCCAUUAGCUAAAGUGGUGCUUCAGGUUAAGAACAGUUUCAGGUUAAGAACAGACCUCCGGAACGAACGAAGUACUUAACCCGAGGUACCACUGUAUUUGAAAAACAGGCUAGAGCAGGGGUGCCCAAACUUUUUUCAGAGGGCCAGAUUUGAUGAAGUGAACAUGUGUGAGGGUGAGCUUUUUUAAGGAUUGAAGUUGCUGAGCAUUUUUUACAAUUUUACCCCAAAGUUUUUGAGCUUUUUUACUGCCACGGGGGCCGGAUUAGGCCCCUGAAAUGGACUUUGGACAUGCCUGGGCUAGAGGGAAAGAGAUCUGCCACGUUGGUUGCAAGUGGCCUUUGUACUUAUAGCAGCAGCACUGCUUGCUAGUCGCUGUAUAUCAAUGAGGAGACUUCAGGGGGAAGGGAUCUGAAAAAGGCUUCUUGGAAAACCCCAUAACUCUCCUCCUGAUGGAGCCUUUUAAAAGAAAGCCUUGAUCCUUGGAAUGGUGGCGGUGCAUUUUCUGCUUCACUUUUGCCACAAAGGCCAGUGCUUAGUUGCUCAAUGGGCCCUCUGGAUAAGAGAAAUGAAACGAACAUGCGGAAUUUCCAUUUUUGUAAAGAAACAUCUGCAAGGGGAAACAGCACACCGAAUGCUGCUGCUGGAGGCUUACGCGCCAACUCUCUGCAACUGGGAAGUUUUCAUGGAGAGAUCUUAUCUCUCUCUUUUGUUGCAAAACUACAGCUAUCUCAAUGUAAAUAGAUAUGUUGCUGCCCCAAUAAAUCACUCUCUUUGGAAAAAAUUCUCCCCUUAAACAAUAGAAGACCCAAGGGUAUGAACUUGUAGGUUUUCAACCCUUUCUCCCCCUCAGGUGAAUUCUACUUAUCUACCUUUGUUAAUCAUGCGUUGCUCGUAAAUCUAAAGCUUAAAUUUAUAAUAAUCAAAGGAACAAAUGUCAGCGUAGCUGCAUCUUCAGCACUGGGGUUGGUAGUAAAGUGACUAGGGCUAACUUUCCCGAUCCUGAAGCUGCUAAGAAGGAGCAUGCAAAUAUUAUAAUCUUUGCUGAAGGCGGCAUCGGGCUUAGAGUGUGAAUGUUCAAAUUAGUGCUAGUACCUAAUUAACCUGAAACCACCAGUCACUUCUUAUAAGGUUAAUAUUAGAUGCCUGACUUAAGAAUGCACUAUAUAAGCACAUGGUUUGCUUGCUGUGCUGUAAGCCACCCAGAGUGGCUGGGGAAACCCAGCUAGAUGGGUGGAGUAUAAAUAAUAAUAAUAAUAAUAAUAAUAAUAAUAAUAAUAACAAUAAUAAUAAUAGCUUUAUUAUUGUCUCUUUUGGACGGGGGGCAGCGGGAAGCAAACAUUGCACUGAGCUCAUGCUCUCUUUGUUGCUUAAGUUGUUCAGUGCACUUGGAGCAUUGCUGAGUAAUGGCUAUUACUUGGGGGUACGGGGACGACAACCAACCAUUUACCGUAUUUUUCGCUCCAUAAGACGCACCAGACCACAAGACGCACCUAGUUUUUGGAGGAGGAAAACAAGAAAAAAUAUAUUCUGAAUCUCAGAAGCCAGAACAGCAAGAGGGAUCAUUGCGCAGUGAAAGCAGCAAUCCCUCUUGCUGUUCUGGCUUCUGGGAUAGCUGCGCAGCCUGCAUUCGCUCCAUAAGACGCACACACAUUUCCCCUUACUUUUUUAGGAGGGAAAAAGUGAGUCUUAUAGAGCAAAAAAUACGGUAUAUAAGGGGUCAGCAAACUUUUCCAGCAGUGGGCCAGUCCACUGUCCCUCAGACCUUGUGGGGGGCCAGACUAUAUUUUGAAAAAAAUAAUGAACAAAUUCCUAUGCCCCACAAAUAACCCAGAGAUGCAUUUUAAAUAAAAUGACACAUUCUACUCAUGUAAACACAAACUGAUUCCCGGACCAUCCACGGGCCAGAUUUAGAAGGCGAUUUGGCCGGAUCCAGCCCCCGGACCUUAGUUUGCCUACCCAUGGUUUAUAUCCUGUCUUUUCUACCAAAGAGCUUAUGGUCCUCCUCUCUUUCUUUUAUCCUCACAACAGCCCUGUGAAGUAGGCUAGGCUGAGAAGUAAUGACUGGACCAAGGUCACCCAGAGAGAGUUUCAUGUCUGAGUGGGGAUUUGAACCCAGGUCUCUCCGCCAGCUCUAUUCUGGCACCUGAACCUCUCUACUGGUUUUCAAAUCACUUCUGAAAAUGAAGGAAGGAAACGUGCAUUAUGUCCAGGAGAUCAAGAAGCCUGCCAUUUGUCAAAAUGAGGGUGGUCUUGUAAGCUGAUGUAGUAUUGGGCUAGGGGUGUUCCCUAAGAAAUAUUGGAGAGCCAAUUCUCAAUUUUAAACAGCUUGCUGCUAUUGAGUUGGAGGGGGGUGAGGAGGAUGACAGCAGGAGAUAGAGGGCUGAAAGACAUGUUAAAGCCUAGGUCUAAAAAACCCACUGAAUUAGACUAAUGGUGCCCUAUUUGUACUCCCCCCGCCCUUCUACAACGCCUUUUAAAAAGUUUGAAAAGCGAAGAAGAAUCUACAAACAUCCCAUAGAAAUGAGACUUUCAGUUUUUGACAGUGCGCUUUCUACUAGCUUCUUGCUGACGGAUUGUGUGUAGCUGCUUGCUGUGUGUGUGUGUUGAAUUGGAGAGAGCUAGCCUGGCCCGGUCAUGGGUAGAAGCUCCCUCCCUCUUCCACUAACAAACCUGAUGGUUAUCUUGGUCAAGUCUUGAACACACUAACCUUGAACUUUUUGCCCCAUGCUGUGGGAAUUGGUGAUGUAUUGGGCACUUUCUGCUUCAGUUCUAGAAGAGUUGUAUUGCAUGAGAAAUCCACCGUGUGCUACUGUUGAAUCACAUUGACUUAAAAGUUAUUUUUUUUCUUUCUCUCCCUCUUGCUUUUUAGCUCAGCAUUGAGCAGGCCCAAGCUGUAGCAGAACAAGUUGAGAUGAAGGCAAAAAUGGUACAAUCUGAAGUGAAAGCAGUGACAUCUAGGCACAAGAAGGCCCUAGAAGAAAGGGAGUGUGAGCUGCUAUGGAAGGUAAAAAAGAAAGAAAAAAGACACAGGGCAUGCCAUCUGGUUCAUGAACCACAAUGGCACACUUUAUUGUCCCUUGUCAAAUGGGACCGGGCAUUCCCUGCUGAUCUGUGUCUUGUUUAAACAGCUGGUUCUCUUGUUUGUCUUCACAAUAAACAUGUGUUAUGGUUACCCCUCUAUAAAAGGAACAAGAAAAAAAGUUCGGUGAAAGAGUAGCUGAAUUCAGACAAAGCACUAAACUAUGGUGCCAUGCCAACAUUGCUGGACUACAGGUUCCAUCGUUCCUGAGCAUUGCCGGUGCUUGCUGGGGCUGAUGGGAGUUGUAGUCCGAAACAACUUCUGGAAGUGCACCAUGUUGCCUGCACCUGUAUUAAAGAUAGGUUAGUAUUGCAGGAAUGAUGCUAGGCUUGCCCUGAUGAAUGAGCUGAUCUACUUCUCUCUUGUCAUCCAAAUCUUGGCAAAGUCUGACUGAUCUCAACUGUUCAUGGAAACCAGCCAGGGGCAUAAACCGUAGUUUGACGUUGUCUUGUUUCCACUAACAGUAAUUUAGAUGCAACUCUGAUUUGUUAAGGUUUGGAUGACCCAGCAAGUUGUGGCUAAUUUCAGAUGGAAGUGAAACUUUCUGAACUGUGUGUGGCUGUGCUGAAGGAGGAGAGGGCCUGGGAGAAGCUGGGUUCAUUCAUGCAAAGCUAAACUAUGGUUUUAAUGUUCCAUCUGAACCAGCCUAUUCUCUGCUUGACCAAACUGGCUAUCAUCCAGUCCUUGAUAAGUUAAACACGGGAAGUAUAUAGAGCUAUAGCCCGCCCCCAAAAUGUGAAAUGUACUUUAGUUUUUACAGCAAAUUCUGAACGCUACAAAGCCAUGUAUUCUUGCCACAGACAAACUACUUCUCUGUUCUUUGAGUGUGAAACCCUGUGUAAUUAACUUUCCUUUUAAGCCCCUUGCGUGGCUUGUAAAUAAAACUAGCAGGGCUGAAAUUUUUUUAAAAAUUUAUUUUGGGCUAUCAUUUUAGGCUGUAUCAAAUGAAUCUACUUGGGCCCCAGGUUAUGGGUGACCAGUGAGUGUGACGUCAUGACAUCACAAUGUCACACGUGCCACCCCUGCCUCAGAACUUGAAUUCUGGUAGCACCAGACAUCAGGUUCUGAGGUCUUGCAAGGCCUCACAGACAGCAUCUCUGACGUGUCUCGAGGCCUCAGAUAUGACUUCUGGUGCUUCAGGAGGCUGAGCACCCACAACAAACUUUUUGUGGGUGCUCAGAGCCCCCUAUAGUUGGCACCCCUGGGCUGUGUAUAGGUGAUUUUCCUGAUUAUAGUGACUUCAGGCAGGUAGGAGAGUAAUUUUACCCCAACCCAACUUUAAAAUGUCUUUCUCUUUCCCUAAAUACACAGCGUGCUAGGUAUAUCUUUGUGGUAACGUAUCUAACAUGUUACGUCUUAACUGGGGCAACAUCUAAUAUGUUACACAUAAUAGGCAUAAAUGUAAUCUGAGAGUGUGCCCAUCUCGUCCUUUUCUCUCAAGUACCUGAGCUUUCACAUCUACAUGAGGGGGUAGUUUUAAUGGGACAAUAUAGAUAUUUUUGAGUGUCUGGAGGCGGGAAUGCCACAAACAUUCAGCAACCCCCUAAACAUUUUCCUCAUCAUCAUGCCUACCGUUAUUGCAGAGAAAGAGAUGAUUUCUGUUAACCGAGGUGCAUUUGUCAACACAUCAGAAUUCUUCUUUCCUUUAACAUCUUAAAUACACAGCUCAAGCUGCCAACAGCAUUUAUGAUAUCCUAGAGACAAAGGAUGCAUAAUUGUGUCUGGGCGGGGGGCAUAGCUAGCUGGAAAACAAAAUGGCGGCAUAAUUCUGUGUCUCCAAUCGCCCCAAGACAAAAUCUAAGCAGAGUGGAUCCUAUUGAUAUCUAAUCAAAAAGUUUUAUACAGCCUAGGUAAGGUGAUGAUCCAAGGAAUAUGGGGACCAAAAAGUAAAUCUGCAAGUUUAGAUCUUCAGGAAAUAGAUGGAGCUUUGUUUGAGGCUUCAGAGGAGGCCUCAGACACCGACACGACCAAAGGCAAUAUGAAAACCCACAAAGGUGGGAAAGUGGCUGCCAUAAUGGAGGAGGACAGAGACUCAGAGGAGUACAUUAAUAAAAUAAGGUAGGCCCUGGCCUUGGACCAAAGAGCAGCCCUAGAUCUAUUUGAGCAGAAAUUUGACAUGCUUUCUAACAAACUUGUCAGAUACUUCUCAAACAGCGUACAAAUUGUGUCUCUGUGUUACCUUCGUUUUAGGUGGAGAAAAUCCGCCAAGUGAAAGCCAAGUCCCUCUACCUGCAGGUUGAGAAACUGCGUCAGAAUCUAAACAAGUUGGACAACACCAUCAGCGCAGUGCAGCAGGUCCUUGAGGAAGGUCGGAGCAUGGAUAUCCUCCUGGCUCGCGACCGGAUGCUUGCUCAGGUGCAGGAGCUGAAGAACGUCCGAGGCUUCCUGCAGCCCCAAGAGGACGACAGGGUCAUGUUCACUCCUCCUGAUCAGGCAUUGUAUAUGGCCAUCAAGUCUAUGGGGUUUGUCAGCAGCGGGGCCUUCGCUCCUCUGACCAAAGCCACUGGAGAAGGUCUCAAGCGGGCACUGCAGGGCAAAGUGGCCUCUUUCACAGUGAUUGGCUAUGACCACGACGGGGAGACGCGUCUUUCUGGGGGAGACAUGAUCUCUGCCGUGGUCAUGGGGCCGGAUGGAAAUCUCUUUGGGGCAGAUAUUAGCGACCAGCAGAAUGGAACCUACAUCGUCAAUUACAGGCCGCAGAUGGAAGGGGAGCACCUGAUUUCGGUCAUGAUGUGCAACCAGCACAUAGAAAACAGCCCGUUCAAAGUCACCGUCAAGUCAGGGCGCAGCUAUGUUGGCAUCGGGCUUCCGGGGCUCUGUUUUGCCAGCGAGGGGGAUAGCGAGGGCAAGCUGUGCCGCCCCUGGGGCGUUAGUGUAGAUAAGGAAGGCUACAUCAUCGUCGCCGACCGCAGCAACAACCGCAUCCAGGUCUUUAAGCCUUGCGGCGCCUUCCACCACAAGUUUGGCACCUUGGGCUCCAGGCCCGGCCAGUUUGACAGGCCUGCCGGCGUGGCCUCCGACUCCUCGCGGCGGAUUGUCGUGGCUGACAAGGACAAUCAUCGCAUCCAGAUCUUCACCUUUGACGGCCAGUUCAUUCUGAAGUUCGGGGAGAAAGGAACCAAGAACGGGCAGUUCAAUUACCCGUGGGAUGUGGCAGUGAACUCCGAGGGCAAAAUCCUGGUGUCCGACACGAGGAACCAUCGGGUUCAGCUCUUUGGGCCUGACGGAGUGUUCCUGAACAAGUACGGUUUUGAAGGGGCACUCUGGAAGCACUUUGAUUCCCCGAGAGGAGUGACGUUCAAUCACGAAGGCCACCUGGUCGUGACGGAUUUCAACAAUCACCGUCUCCUGGUCAUACACCCCGACUGUCAGUCGGCCCGCUUCCUUGGCUCCGAAGGCACAAGCAACGGCCAGUUUCUGCGCCCGCAAGGUGUGGCCGUGGACCAGGAAGGCCGAAUCAUUGUGGCAGAUUCCAGGAACCACCGCGUGCAGAUAUUUGAGCCGAAUGGCAGCUUUUUAUGCAAAUUUGGCACUCAGGGAAGUGGCUUUGGUCAGAUGGACCGUCCUUCAGGUAUAACAGUCACCCCAGAUGGCAUGAUUGUUGUGGUUGACUUUGGAAACAAUCGCAUACUCGUCUUCUGA